AGCAGGUGGCAGCAGUGAGUCUGCAACGGAGAGAUCGACACCGUUCAAAAGCAAGUGGCACAAGACGGCAAAAAAAAAUAAAAUAAACCACUUUAAUCAAAGCAUUAGAAUCAGCAAGUGAUGGAGGGAGGACCCCGUUGACAGAGGCAGACUCACAAUGACCCCCGAAAUAUGCAAUCUACAUCUGAUGUAAAAAGCACCACACAACUAGUUCGAAGAGACCUGUCUGCUCAAGUAAAGUCUAACCAUGAACGAGAAGGAGGGUCGAUCGGCUCUGUGCUGAUCAGCUAAACAAGUCAAGUUCUUUUUUUUUUCUUGUGUAAUUUUAUUUAUUUAUUUAUUUUUCUUUUUUGAGGGCAAAGAGAGAAGAGAAUCGUCAUGUUCAGGCAAAACUGUGAACUGAUGGCAGUUUGAGUGAAGAUGGCGUAUGUACAGGUAGGUGCUGUCUGCACUGUUAUAUUGGGUUUUGAAUUCGAGGAAAUAUUUUUUUAUUUUUUUUUCUUGCUCCAAGAGCUUACAUGUCCCUACUUUCUGAUAAAGUAACUAACUGGAAGAUGCUUUGUCGAAGCACAAAAGAAGGAUUAUAGUAGACGAUGCUACAAAGAGAUUAACAGAUGGUCUGCUUCGUAAAAACACAAUAUUGUAGAGAAAAGACAGAGCACGAAGAAUGAGAUUAGAUGAGAUAGAGCUAGAGAUAUAGUGUAGUGUCUUACUAUCAAUAACUGUGUUUACUGAACUCUACACACUAACGUUCUAUUAUCUUCUACAUCGUUUUUCUGCUUUUUAACUCCAACUUUUCUGUUGUAGAAUAUAGGCAAAUGGGUAUUUUAUUAUCAAAGAUAAUUGUAUCUCAUAUAGUAAAUUCAGAUCAUAGUAUAUCACAGAUAUUAAGAACAUUGUAUGCAGUCUCAGAGGGCAAAAAGCCAGGAUUAUUAUCGAAUAAAUUACAAACUACAACUGCAGAGCAUCUGCUCAGCUAAUCUCUUUUGUUUUAUAUUAAUAUUUUGCAGCCAGCAGACAGAAAAUGAGGCUUGACGUGUAAAUAGCUUCUUAAGUCAAUAAUUAUUUUUCCAGUUCAAAGAGUUAACCUUUGGAGUGCCAGGGGAUUGCUUGUACACCGCUGUGGUGCUCACAAGAGGGGCCCCUUUGAAAGAGACAGUUAGGGUAGCAGCAUAUUGUACUGUGAAGGGGUUAAAGUGAGAUUUUAUUAUAAAACUAAUUGUUAUAAAUGCAUAUUUUUUAUUUGUUUAUUGUAAAAAAAAAAAAAAAAGAAUCGAACCCCGGAAACGAAUGUUAAUUGUAUUAUUUUUUUUCUCACAAGACUAAUAGAGCUGUGAUACAUUUGUGCCUGUCGGUUCCAAUAAACAUUGCACGGGGACAUUAUUCCUGAUUUGUGUCACUAGUUUUCAUCUAUGAUGGGUGGGGCUCAGAGUUUGAGUGGAAGUGAUAUUGAUGCACAAACAGUGGACGGUGAUUGAAGAUCAACAGUUGUAUAUGACGGCCGAUCAUCAGUAAAACUUGUUAUGAAAUUAUGCGUUUUCGUGUUUGGAACCCAGUCGCCACAGCUCAGCCUUCAUUAACAAAUAUAGCAGAGAAUUGCACUGUGAGAUUUAGUUAGUAAACACUGAAUUGAAGUCGAACUGCACAAUUUAAGCCAUUGUAGCUGAUUUGAAAUGGAUUUAAAUUUUGCAAUUCAUUUUAAAUUCUCUACAGGUUGAUGUUUAGUGAUUAAAAAUGUAUAACGUGGGGUAGGUGAACCACUCACUCAAAGUAGGCGGUCCCCACUCCACUUGAGAGGACCUCCAGGAAUGAAAAUAUCAUUGUAGUGGUAUAAACCUUUAUUGAUCUAUAUAGCGAAUCAGGAACUAAUGAGUACAAAAAUGAAAUACAAAAAUAAGUUUAAAUGUGCAAACCCAAGUGAUGUAGAAAAAUCAAAUAAACCAUACUAGUACACCUUUAAAAUCUGGGAGAGUUUGUCUCAAGUAUCAAAUUAAUAUAUUAGAGGAACCUGUGUACAUGCACAAUAGAUCCUUUAGUGGAUUGGUAAACAAAUGGUAACCUCUGAAAUAAAUAAAUAGUAAUUAGUUCUGAGAAAUAGAGAGACUGUAGUAGAGUGUUAGUCUCGCAUUAUGUAUCAGCUUCACUCUAUUGUGAAUGUUGAAGGAUACAUAAAAUUGAACAAAGUUGCUCAUAUAAUGUAUAUAUUAAGUCCUUAACGAUAGUAAAUACACAAUCCUGCGUUUAGCAGGUGCAGACAACACAAUAAACCCCCAUCCAGACAGCACAUACCUUAAACCCACAUGGACUCCAAGGUUGGAGGGGGUUAAAUAUCGAUGUAGUUACUGAGUAGAUGUACGUGUAAUUGGGGGUAGCUGAUUUACAAAUACCCGCCAAAAGCUGAGUUAUCACACAUCUAUCCCCCCGUAACUAAUAGGUAGUACCCUCGUGCCUAUAGUGGUAAAGACCAAGAGAUAGUACCAAAACCCUCCAAGUCGAAAAAGGUCUAAGUCCUAAUAAGGUUUAUCCCACUACAAUGAUAUUUUAAUUCCUGGAGGUCCUCUCAAGUGGAGUGGGGACCGCCUACUUUGAGUGAGUGGUUCUCUCACUCCACUUUAUAAAAAUGUUUUCUCUCUCUAGUAUAUCCAGGGUUCGUGCCCUUGAGUACCUCCAUAACCUUCUCUGGGGUUCAAUGUUGACUAGUUCAACAUUGUAGCCUACCCUUUUUUUCCUUUCUACGUUUAGUGAUUAAAACCCUAUGUUUACAAGCUAACUUUACUUUGUGAUUUAAUCACUAGACACAUAAUUGCAGUGAAAUGAAAAUAGAAUUGCAGACCAAUUACCCUGUCACAAACAGCUUUUGCUAACUAACGAUAAGACAAUUUACCUUUCUGUAUUCCGUCACCACAAACCUUGUUUUUGCUAAGAACAGAAGAUGACAGUUUAUAUUGUGGACACAGUGACCACAAACCAAUCUUUGAUAACAACACAUUAAUGGCAGUUUCAAUUUGUGCGCCCCGUCCCCAGAGAACUACCUUAAGGACACCAGACGAUCACAAUUGCACAUUGUGUACUCAGUCACCACAGAGCCGGGUUUUAUAAACAACAGAUGACAGUUUCAGUUUCAGUUUUGUGUACUCUGUCACCACAAGUCAGCCUUACUAACAACAAAAUAUGACAAUUUCUCAUUAUGUACUCAGUCACCACAGAACAACCCUAAAGAGCCGGGAAAACACUGUGUUAUUAGUUUGCAUGCCCAGUCAUUACAACACAACCUUUAGAGAACAAAAAAAAAUGGUUUAUCUUUUUAUUGCUGGUUACUUGAUUGCUAAUUUUUCAGCAACAUUAUGUACAUAUUUGUUAAAUAAAUAUUGUUUACACAAACUUGGCAUUUUAAUUAGCUACAACUGAACGGUAAUUAUUUUUAAAAAAAAUAAAAAAUUAAAAGGUGUGCCUACCCUAAAAAUGAUUCAAAUGGGCUCUGUUACGUCAAUAUACCUUUUUUUAGGUCCACCCACAACUAGACCACUACUAUCCCCCCCAAUUUAAUUAUGUAUUUAAAUUUCCUCCCCAAAUCAUCCUAUAUUCUUCAUGGUGCCGGAUCUUUAUUCCAGACACCGUCAUCUUCUAAUUACUGGCAAUGACGCAACAUUGCUGCCUUCUUUUGGCCAGAGUACACAACGAUAUCAAAUUCCCAUGCAUGGUCAAUAGAGACCAGUACUAUGCGGUCAUGUGGGAAGGUGAUCUUGCAAGACAAUAUAGAGAAAAGACUGGGAUGGAAAGGUGAGUAUUGGGAGAAAAGUUUACUUAAAGUGGCACUGUCAUGCUGAACUUAUAUUUCUCCUAUUGUUUCCUCUUAUCUUCCUCUCUCAAGAUCUGUUCUUUUCUUUAUUUCUGAUCUAAUUUUCUUUAAAACAUAAGAAAAAAUAGGGACUACUUUGUCUUACAUAUUUUGCCUGUGCCUGACUUUCUCUGACCCAAGGAGAAGUAAGCUCCUUUUCCUGUGUCAGAAAAAGUACUCACCCUUCUCCUUGACACAGGAAAUGGAGCUGACGUAAGCUCCUUCUUGGUUCAGAGAAAGUCAGGUGUAGGAAAAAUACGUAACACAAAGUAGCCCCUAAUUUGUCUUGUGUUUUAUAGAAAACUAGAUCAGAAAUAAAGAAUAGAAGAACAGAUUCUGAGAGAAGAAGAGGAGAGGAAAUAAUAGGAGAAAGGUAAGUUUGGCAUGACAGUUCCGUUUUAUCAAAGGAAGUGGAGCUUCCUUAAGCUCCUCCUUUUGGUCAAGAUUGUCAAACGGAGGACAAAUACAUAAGGCAAAGUAGUCCUUUUGUCUUAUGUUUUUUAAGAGAAAUAGAUCAGAGAGGAGAAAAAGAAGAAUGGAUUCUGAUAGAGAAAAGGAAGAGGAAACAAUGGGAAAAGGUAAGUUUGGGGUGACGGAGCCACUUUAAUUUAGGAAUAGGGAAAUAAUGUUGAAUCAAAACAUUUAUUUGAGGGCAAAGUAUAGGAAAAUACUAAAAGAAAACACAAAUGUGUACAAGGGAGCUAAAACUGCACAUUCAUUAUUUGGUACAGUCUUGGAGCUUGUAGUUAGUCAUUGCCAAGCAACUAUCUAACCAUAAUCAAAUGUAAUCUAAUCUGUAACUGAGCCUGUAAUGUCAGAGAGGCUCCGAGAGCGUCUGUUUCACUGAUUCCCUAAGACAAUGAUCGUGAGUAUUUCUAAAUGCAUGUAAACCCAGAUUGUUUUGCUUUUUUUAACCAGGGACAUAGACCGGCUCAUUAUAUUUUUGUAUGCAAUGUUACUUUGUUUUAGAUAUUGAAUAAAUCACUUCUACGCGGAUUUGUAGGAAGGAAUAUACUGAAUAUCUGUCUUUAUAGCAGAGCGAGAUAAUUGCAGUUUUUCCAUGCAAUAUGUAGAAAAAAAAAAUCACAAUAUUUUGACUAUGCUGUCUACUGUUCAGAUCCUAUUGCAAUCAUCCUAUUUGUGCAGCUCCCGUGGAUAUCUGCCUGUCAUUUAUCGCUGUAAGAAUAAAUAGAUCGAAUAAAUGGGUAUUGGAGCUGGAUAAUUUAAUACUCACAAUAAGAUUUAAAAUUGUUGUGGCUCCUGGCUGGGAUGUAUGUAUAUAUUAUUGAAUAGAAGACAAUUUGUUGGUUUCUCAACAAUAUGCGUUUACAUGAUUGCUCUGGGGGAGCAGGGGUUAAUCCAAGAUGAUUUCUGAGAAAAGCAGAUAUUACAUUAUGUUGUGGAAAUCACUUGUCAUCUUGGGGAGAAGAUUCCAUUUUUAUAUUUAGUCAAGGUUCUGGCAUACAGUGAUUGUAGUGUCUCUUUUUCAAACUCUUCUGUUAAAAUAUCUUACAUUUUGAUAAGUGUGAUCUCAGAAAAGUGUUCCUUAAUGCUUGAUAUCUUGUCCUUCAUGGCUUUUUACUGGGUGCAGUCAGAGUCCCCUUUAUUCUUGCUUCCUUGUGAUGAUUCCUGGAGAAUCGAUUGAAGGUGCAAGAGAUGACCUCAUUAGGUGCUGGUCUUUACUUUAGUGGAGAAAUAAGUAGAGUGAGGAACAUUGAGAAACAUGUGGAGAGGGGACCAGUGAGAAGCAAGAGGAAGGGGAACAAUGAGAAACAAGGAGGAACACAUGGAAAGGGGGCAGUGAGGAACUAGUGAAAAGAGGAACAUGGAGGAACAUAUGGAGAGAGGAUAUGUCAUGAUAAAUACCCAAACACUGCGAUAGUUGUAUUAUUGCAUCUUAGAAUGGGCUUAACCUAUAAAACAAAGAGAGACAGAGUCCAAUUACUAGCCAAGGUCAGGGUUACAGAUAGGCGGAUAAACUAUAGGUACUAGAAAGGUCAGAGAUACAGAUAAUCAGAAAAUAUAGAACAAGUCGGGUCAAGAACGCAGAGGCACUCAAUAUUCCUAUAAACAAGCCAAGGUCAAAACCAGUAAACACACAGAAGACUUAAGAAACGCACUGAUGGGAGCUGAUGCAAACAAUCCCAAACCAGAAGUGAUGUUACACAAAUUGUCAUCACUUAAGGACAUGCACUUAUAGCAGGCAGUGUCCAAAUUGGCCUGCUGAAGCAGCUUGUGGGUCUGAACAGCGCAUUCCAUGUGCAUGACCUGCUAGAAACACGGAACUGGUGGCAUUGAUCGGGUAAGAAUUGUUACUGGAUAGUGGGGAACAAGUGGAAAGGGGAUCCAUUAGGAACAUAUGGAGAGGGAACAGUGAGGAACAAGUAGAGCUGGGAACAAAGAGGAACAUAUGAGAGGGGACAGUAAGAAUCAAUUGGAAAGGGAAAAAGGGAAGAACAUAUGGAGUGGGGAUAGUGAGGAACAAGUGGGCAGAAGAAAACAAUGAAGAGGGGAACAAAGAUGAACAUAUGGAAAGAGUAUAGUGAGGAACAUGGGGAGAGGAACAAAUAGAGAGGUAACAGUGAGCAUCAAGUUGAGAGGGCACAGUGAGGUACAAAUGGAGAGAGAUCAGUGAGCAACCGUCACGGCCCCCGGCUCGCCGCCAUGUGCGUCCGUGCCCGACCGGCACGACCUGCACCUAUUCACUGAGCUUACCUGCUCAGCGGCAAGCUGGGAACCGCUCCUCCAUGCCGCUCGGUGAAAUCCAUGAUGGCGCCGACCAUGAAGUCGCGUCCAUCCAUGGCUCUACCCCCAAUAUUAUACGAACGUGCGCGCGACGACGUCACAACGUCAACGCACGCACACGUUCUGGGGUCAGAGGUCACCCUCUGACCAAUCAGAGCCUAGAGAGGGAUAUUUAAAUCCCUAAUUCACUCCAGUUCCUUGCCCUGUUGUGGUUUCCUGUUCCUAGUUCCCUAGAGUGCGUUUAUCUUUGUGAAUAUUACUCCCUGGUAUCCUGAUCUUGGCUUUUCCCUGGUUAUUCCGAAUUCUGGUUCCCCUGACUUGGCUUGUUUAAACGGUAUCUGAGUAUUUCUGGCUUCGUUGACCUCGGCUUUCUCUUUGAUCAUUCUCUAUCUCUAGCUAUUAGUCCGGCCAUUCUAAGGUCCAGUUUACGCUCUGUCCUUUUAUUUCCUUUCCUUUUUUUAUGUAUAUGUUUACAUAGUUUCUGCGUGUUGGACCACACUAGCAGCCGUGACAGCAACUUGUGGAGAGGGGGACACUGAGGAGUGAAUGAAAAGUGAAACAGGAAAGAGUGUAAAGGGAGCAGUGAAUAACAAGUGUAGAAGGUUUUUUUAUUUUUAUCACACUUUUAUCACACUUGAUCACCAGGGAUAAUUAAAAUGUGUUGCAGGGCCUCCAGCUUACUAUCAACAUUAUAAAUGUUGAUUAUAAAUAUACAAAUGACUGAGAGGUGCUUUAAUCUUGGAGAGUGUUUUGGGAUAUGGUUUAGGUUUGUUUCCAUGAUUGAAAAUCUUUCAUGACCAAAUGAAUGCUGUUGGCUUGUGGGGAAAUAGCAUCUUAGCUGUCACUAAGAUGUCCAACACUGCACAUCCAUCUCUUUAAUGAAGUUUCCACAACUAUUCCUGUGCCUCUCCGCAUGCAUAAUUUUCUGGAACAAUCUAUUAUUUAACAUUGACUUCACUUGGAGAGGUCUAUAUAAAACUGUUCCUCACAUUGGUCUGGACCUUUCUUCUCCUUAAUGGUGUGCACUUACAAUGUAUGUAUUUUUGUAGAGACAUACCUUUUUCUCUGUUUACUGUGACUUCUGUACAUAUGUUUUGUUUUCAUUCUUCUAUAUUUGCUGCUCAUACUGAUGGUUUGGUUAGCGUAAUAGGUCACUUUAGUCACCAAAACAACUUAAAAGGACACUAUAGUCACCACGUUGGCUUACCUCGUGUCCGCCUAAAUCACCUUAGUGCAGACUGAACUGUUGGGUCGUCGGUCCAUGACCGAGGGCCUGACAGUGAGAGAGGGUCCGGUAGCUUGCCCAGUAUGCUGCAGAGUGCGAGGCCCCUCCACAUGGUCUGCCAGUGCAGAACUGCAGAUCAUGUGAUGUGGUUCUCGUAAGCUCACAGAGCAUUGCCACGGGUUACCACUGCAACACUCUGACCGGAGCUUGUGAGAACGAGGUCUGCAGCUCUGUGUUUGGCGGAGCUGCAGACAGGAUAGUUAUCCCACUGGAUCACCAGGGACUGCGACCACUUGACCACCAGGGACUGCAACCACCGGACCACAGGACCACCAGGGACUUACAUAAAAAAGGUAUUUCAGUGUGUGGAGGCUUGUCACAGCCUCCACACUCCUUGCCCCCACACUGCCCCCACAUAUACUGCCCCCCACACACCCUGCCCCCUCACACUGACCCCCACAUAUCCUGCUCUCCCACACUGACCCCUAAACAACCUGCCCCCCAUGUACCCUACCCCACAUACACUGCCCCCCACAUACCCGGCCCCCCACACUGCCGCCCACAUACCCUGCCCCUCCACAGUCAUACACCCUGCCCCAGCACACUGUCAUACACCCUGCCCCCCUACAAUGUUAUACACCCUGCCUCCCACACUGUCAUACAUUCUGUCCCCCACACUGUCAUACACCCUGCACCCUAUACUGUCACACACCUUGCCUCCCCACGCUGUCAUAAUCCUCCACACACCCCCACACUGUCACCUUCUUUCACACUGCCCCCCAAAUCUGUCACCUUCCUCCACACUGUCACUCACCCACAACCUUCCCCACAAACUGUCACCUUCCUCCACACUGUCACCCUUCCACACACUGCCCCCCCAUGUUGUCAGUCCCCAACAUUGUCACCGAUACAUACAGUCACCCCUCCUAAACACUGCCCCCCACACUGUCACCAACACACAAACUGUCACCGCUCCCACACACUGCCCCUGCACACACUGGCACCCUCCAACAGACUGUCACCCUCCCAACACUGCCCCACACAUUCUCACUUACCCACUGUCACAAUUCCACGCACAUACAGUCAUCCCCCACACUUUCACCCUCCAACACACACACUGUCACCCCCCACAUGCUGUAAUGCCCUCUUCACCCACACACACUCACAUUAACCUCUCCUAAUCUUGUCAAUCUCACCCCCUACCACAAUUACCUGCCCUUGCUCUUCCACAUUCACCCUGUCACAUUAACGCCUCUUAUCCUGUCACACUUUCUUCCCUUCAACCUGUCACACUCACCCUGUCACAUUAACGCCACUAAUCCUGUCACACUUUCUUCCCCUUAAUGUGUCACACUCCAUCCCUCAACCAUGUCACACUCACCACCCAACCCUGUCUCAUUAAGCCCCUCACCCAGACACAGUUACCCCUCUGCGCACCCUGUCACACCCUGAAUACAUUGAUCAUACACACAAUCAUGGUCACAGGCACCCCCCCUCCAAACACACAACCAACAGCAGUCAGCUACCUCAUACACAUACAGUUCCAUAAACAAACGUACGCAUGCUCGCAGAGACCUACAUUCACAAACAAGGAAUGUUAAAGGAUUAUAUAAUGUGUGGGGGAAAUGUCUGUGAGUUUUCUUAUCUGUAUUUUUAUUAUUUUGUAGGUGAUUAUUUUAAAAGCUUUUUUUUUUACCCAAUCAAAAUUUUAAUUUCUGUUUGCAAUAACCCCUGCACACAGGCACUUCUGUAUACAUGACUGACAGGCUAUGCAACCAUACACGGCAAUCAUGUAUAAACAAUCAGCAUCACUGCAAAUUAAAUGUUUGCAAAUUAUGCCAUAACUACAGUCAGAGAGCUCACAACACAGCGUCACAGGGAGCCGCGACAAUGCAAGCCUCUGAACAAUGAAUAAAUGAAACCAGCGCUGCAAGCCUGUCUUUAAAUACAACUACAGCUCAUUAUACACACACAUUGCAACCCCUAUAUAUUUUUUUUACUAUAAGUUUUAGUGGGAGCCUCAUGUUUGAGUUUGGCCUAAGGCCUCACAAAGUCUAGAGCCGCCACUUGGGGGCGGAGCCUAACUGUGAAGUUGUGCAGACGAGUGCUGAAUGAGCUCUUGCACUUGGCACAUUAUUAUCUUGAUUUACUGCAGUCAGACUCUUUACCCACAAAAUCGAUUAGAUCAUAAAAGGGAAUCUUUGGCAUACUGAUCGAGACCAGAUUUGGUGAUACCCUUGUCCAGAACGCCCACUGCGGCCUUUGUGCACGGACGGCAGGGGAGAGACAGCUGCUCUCAAAACGCAGAAACUGGCUAGCUUACUUCGACAUCUCUAUCAUUGGAUUCCCUUCUUGCACUUGUUUUUAAAUCUUCAUCCUAUAGCACUCUAGUGUCCCCUUCUGUCCCUGUGGUGUCUUUUCUAUUUACAUUGCACUUCUAUAUUCAUCCAUACCCAUACCUAGUAGCCACUUUUCCAUAUUAUGUUUCUUCUGUCUCUAAUUUUUCUUUUUAUCUCAUUCACCUUCGAUUGCCUAUAUGUGCACAUCUUGUGACUCCUAAGAAGUGAACCCUGCAUUCAGGGCCGGUGCAAGGAUUUUUGCCGCCCCAGGCAAAAAAAAUAAUUGCUGCCCCAUUUGCUCCACCCACUCAUGCAAACUGACAUACACUGACCCAAACAGACUGAUGCACACGCACUGACCCAUGCAAACUGACCCACGCAGACUGACACACACACACUGACCCACACAGACACACACUGACCCAUACAGACAAACACUGACCCAUACAGACACACACUGACCCAUAUAGACAAACACUGACCCAUACAGACUGACAUACACAAAUUUUUCACAAAUACAGAUUCCCCAUUAACCCACUUACCUUUCUUAAUAUUUGACUGCUUGUCACGUGUUCCUGGCCGCUUCCCUGCGCCUGGCCGCCUUCAUUGUGUGUCAGCCCCGCCCCUGCUAUGAUCCCACCCACUUGUCCCCACGUACAAGGCAAGGGACAGGAGCGAGGUAUUAAAGCUCCAUCGUGGCAAUGGGAGUGCUUCUGGGGGGCCUGGCUGAGCAGGCUGAAGUGGGCGCCGCCAGACCAGUGUUACACCGGGUGCUAGUCAGCAGACAUGUAAGUGUCCCUAGCGCCCAGUAACAUGGCCGGCGGCACGGUUUUUAGAAUUAGUAAAACAUAGAUUGGCGGCCAAAUGAGCAGAGCAGUAAAGCUCCUGCCGGCGCUCCCCUUUAAACAGCACCCUAAGCGGCCAUCUAGCUGGCUUAUAAGAAGCGCCGGCCCUGCUUGCACUCACAUCAUGUGUAGACUUACGCAGUUUACAUAUUCCAGGUGGCAAUGUUCAAGCACAAGUGAUACAGUGUUCAGUUGUACUAACAUUCUAAUUAGAGGUCCAUGGAGAAGGUUUACUCCAGACCACCAUAGGACUUUUAGUACUGUCACAGCUGCAUCCCUUGGGUUGGAGGGUCUGACUCUUAUCACUAUCAGCCAUCACCCAAACUUCAGAGAACGCCAUUGUUUGAAAACUUUGCAGCACCACUAUUCUGCUGACUCGGGACGCCAAGCAUUUCAAAUAAGGUCUGGACUUUCUUAUGGCUAAAUUUGUGAUUUUUAAAGGACGAAUUAUACAUGACAGAUGGAAUGCUUUUUUCUUAUAUUUUUAUAUAUAUAUUUAAUAUUGAUUGAAUAAAAUGUAUUUUUUAAUAUCAAUCUUCAGUGUGUUAAAUAAGGAGUUCAUGGUAUAUUGAUAUCCCUUUUUUUCUGUCUUUUACAUAUAUGUGGAUCUAUGUCAUGAAGUGGACAACUUAAGAAAUUUAUUUGGGAAGCAAAAAAUGGGUCGCAAGAGUAUUUAUUUGGGAAACCUUAACUGGACUUUUAUUACAUUUUCUCCACAUUACUUGCUUUAAUUACCUUUUUCUGUAUUUUUUUUGUAUUGCUUUGGAUAUAAGCAAUUGGCUAUAUACAAUGAUUUAGAAGAGAAGGGUUUAAUAGUUAUUUUGUCAAGUAUUGUAUAGAUUGUUAGGUUUCCUAUUUUCAUACCCUAUUCUCAUCUAUCUUUAUUUUCAAUCAGCGCUCCACCAUCAGCACUUUCUUUGCAUCCCGUGGGUUGCCUGAUUUACACCAGGAACUAAGCAAACGCAACUCUCGGUACUGGACCACUCCAUAGAAGAGAUGUUGUCACAGUGUGUCACCAUGAAACAGUAGCUUUGCAAUAUAUGCAAUUAGUAAUUUUUGUGUCUUAGUCAGAUUAAGCCGCUCAUAUGAAAAGCAAAUUCUGUUGCUCAUUCCAAAUAUAAAAAUCUUAACAUAUGUACAAGUCGAAAAUUACAUUUGAGGCGUAGGAGGAACGUUCCCAAAAUUUCUUGUGACAUUACAGACUAAGACAAACUGUCAGAAUCGAUUGCGUGGUGUAAACACUUCCAUGCGAAGCUAUGUGCUUUUAGAAUUCACUAUGCCUUUUUUAUUAUAAAAUUAUAUAUUAUUAGAUGGUACGUCUCAGCACUUGGUAGAAAGUGGUUGCAACUGCAGUUUGCUUCACAAAACUGACACAACUGUGACUCUCUUUAAUCUAGUGUGGAUUUUCAGAAAUGCUCUUCCACCAAUUGGUGAAAAAAAUGCUAUAGGACACCUUUCAACAAGGUGAGACAGACUGUUCUGACACAUUUUAGGUGACUUAUUAAUAAUUUAAGAAACGAAAGUGUAUUAAGAACAAGAAAAAUGCAUCUAAUUUACACUGGUUUCUAAACACAUUUAUUGUAGUUUAAUGACGCAACACCGUGAGUAUUAUUGUUGUGGAGCUUUGUUUUACACACUAACACACCAACAAUAUAGAGUUUCUAGAAAAAAAAGAGACAUUAUGGUAGAAAACAGAGACAGAGGGAUUUUCCAAAAUAGGGACAGUCCCUCCUAAGUACGCUUGCAAGGUAUGCUAUAGGAAUAUUUAAAACCCCAAUAAAUGGACUCAUAAUUAACCUCACGCACAUACUACACGUAAUUUCGGGCUUGUCGAAAAUGUCACCUACAUAUUUUGAUGUUCAGACACACACAUACAUAUUAGAGUAAAAUGCAUUAAUUUAACUUUUAGUAUCACAAAAAUAAAGCAAAUAGGUCCUGGAGCUGUAGAGAGCUUGCCUUCCUUGGCGAUAGCCCAGAUGAUACACUAUACAGAUCUAAAAUAGGACAGGCAGGGAAUUAAAAAACGGUGUCCCCUGACUUUACCAGUGUACUAUGUAAUAUGAUCCUAUAGCCCUGGGAACAUUGUGCUCUCCCUUAUGAGAUAUCUGAUAUUUAAUUAUAUUACAUUUUCCACCAGUUAUUUGCCUUCUGCAUGGUGGGUGAUGUAAUCUGUGUAUUGUUCUCUAGAAUGCAUGGCUUGGCUGAUUCAAUUCAGUAUGGAGUGCAAAUUGUAGGGUAGCAACAGAUCAUAAAUGUUCUAAUUUGCUCUAGAUUGGUGGUGGAAUUCACAAUCCUUGACAACAACUUUUAUUUUUAGCUGAUGCUAAUUUAAUUCAGCUCCUCUCCCUAUUGAUAUUGCAGGAGAGGAGCUACGGAAACAGAAAAGACAAAAUUCUGCCUCCUCAGUUCCUCUCGCAAAGCAUUAUUGGGAAAGGAGCUGCAGAUAAUGGCAAGAGCUGCAGAUAAUAGCUGUCUUCUGGAAGUUUAACUGACAUCAAUCUCAGACAGAAAGGGACAUGUCUAAGAUCGAAGAACACCUAACUUUAUCCCUAACCCUAACUCGAUCCCUAAAAAACAUGCAAUUUAAAGUAUACGUAACGAUCCAGAAUAUUUAUUGGGGGGGAAAUAAUGACAUCUUGGGGAAAUCCAUAAGUCACUCAGCUUUCAGUAUCUUGAUAUAAUAUUAUUUGUCCAAAACCUCAAUGGCGUUAUAUAACCUUAGUACUCCGUUCACCUAUGUAUUUUAUUGUUUGUGUUAAUUAUAGUACCUAAAGUAUAUUGCAAAUAUCAUUUGUUACACUUUGUUAAUGUGCAUCAGUUAACUUAUACUUUAAUGUUACUGUAUUUCCAAGGGUAUCAUGGGAAAUUGUAGAUUAUACUAGCUUUAGUGUAACUAUAAUCUUAAUUUUAUUAAUGACAGGAGGCGAAUAUUUGCUUAAGUCUCUCUUUACUAGAACUCCACAGCAGCACAUUAACAUAGAGAGAAAAACACCAGAGACAAAAAGUAAGGAAUCCAUAAAAGGCUCUUCCCAACCAACUAUUUCCUCUUUCACGCUGCGACAAAAUAAAGUACAUGAACGAUACACCACCAAAACAAUAACAGGAAAAGCAAACAUAGCAUAACGAUGAAUGUCAUCCGAAAUAGAAAACGUGGAACCAGUGGAUGAAGCCUUGACCUUUAUCCUGUAGAAUAGACGGAUCUAAGUACUGUAGACGAACCAUUAAGCUGAAACAAGGUAAAACAGAGUCGAAAACACUGAUUAGUGAAUGAAAUGUACUGAGAAAAACAGGAAUCCCCAUCGUCAAUACUGACCUUCUAAUAUCCCAGAUACUGAGAAAAACAUGAAUCCCCAUCAUAAAAUACUUACUGUACCAUAUCCCAGAUAAACCCCAAUUCGUCCAGAUUAACAAAUCUAGCCCAGGAGACCAGGUGAAAACAAAAAGUCAGUCAAACCAACAAACAAACAAGGGGAGGGAGAAACUGGGAGGGAAAUAUUUGCCUCCUGUCAUUAAUAAAAUUAAGAUUAUAGUUACACUAAAGAUAGUAUAAUCUACAAUUUUAUAACAUGACAGGAGGCUUCAUAUUUGUUGUUUUAACGCUCAGACAGCAACGCCCAAAUAAACACGAUCCGCCGUACCAACCUAAAUUUUGCAAAGAUAGCUCCUCGUAACCGUCAGGAAAGUGUACCAUAUCUUGGAGAAAAGCGCCCACCAUGACGGUGCCUGAAGUCGUCACGUACCGACUGAAAUGAACCGAAAAGACCUAUACGCCCCGCCAAUGCCAACAACAACCGAGUGGUACAUGAAGGGUGAAGAAAAGGAAAAAGAAACGUCUAAACAAACGGUGGCAUCGAACGCCGCAUAAAAAGAGGGGCGCGCAACUAAGAUAAGAGUACAACCCUCGGGUCCGACUAGAACAACUAAGGCCCGAACCUCUGAACCCAUCUGAAAGAAAACAAGGUAUAAUAGAGGAACAAAUCCAGAGUCGGAGAUGGACAAAAACUGACGAAAACCGUCAAUCGAAGCAUGACAAACAAUGCGUGUACCACUUGAGGUGAUGAAUACCCGUCCUCGGGAAUCAUAAAGGACUCACACCCCUAUGAACCCGCACGUCUAGCUUGAAGGGAUAUACUAAGCAGAGCGAGACCCGCCGAAAUCAGUCGUACGCGUUACCUAAUCUAAAUGAUACGACAGUCCCCGGUCAAGAAAGUGACCAAACAACUCUUGAACCCUGUAAUAGUGUAUGCAAAAUUUCUGGUAAUCUGUACCAGACCCAACUACGUCAGGGUCGCCAUGCAGACAAACGUCUUACAGUCCCCGAGAUCAAAUGGGACAGGUCCAGGGAAUCCAGGGCACUAAUUUCGACUCGGCCGAAGCUGAGGCCAUAAAACCAAAGCACCAGCAGACUGAGACACCUGUAGGAAGGUCCUGGAACCAAACAAAUGGAGGAGACUUGUCAGCGUCUCCGUGUCGAACACCUCUGAAGGGAAGCGUCCAUCACUGAGGAAACAGGUCUGUUCACCAGCUGAAACUGGUCGGGGCCUGAUGGGUCCUCCUCCGUGGAUUAAAGUCUUGACGUCGGGUCCUCCCGGAAAAACUAUUCCAAAACGUAUGAGAACUGGUAGGGGAAAACAUAGGAGGCACUCCCUUGCGUCCAAUCCACCCUCCAGGACUCUACUCCUCGAGAUGUAGAGUGGUCGAUAUUUCCUCGGUUGAACACGAAAUCCAGGGACCUGAACAAGGGAAAACGCAGAGAGCCUCUGACCCUUCGGUCUGGGAGGGAACUAGUAGAGGAUCCCGCAAGCCCGUCCGGGCAGACCGUACAUCUAAACGUCCUCGUGGAACAAACGAGAAGGGUCCCUUCAGAUAGUUCUGGUAUUCUCGAAUGUCCUAAAACCUCCAAACCUGCCAGCCAGGCUGUAGUAUCUUCCAAAUGAAUGACGUCCCAGAAACUUAUCUCGCCUUGGAGAAAAUUGACCCCGCCUUACCAGAAAUGGACCCCGCGGUCCUUAGAAGUUCCCUGAGGUCUGUGUCUAAUUCAAAGUAACUAAUGGAUAUGCGUUCAAGCGUAGUCCCGUGCGGGGGCUCCGAAGGGCUCAGCUCCCUUAAUCCCGUCUGGUAUGUCAUCCGAAGGUGGAGGUAAAUGUGAAACUCCGGGGCCAAGGGUCUAAUCCUCUAUAACAGGUACGGGUUGGAGCAGACAUUCUGGCAUAGACAAUGCAGGCCAGAUCAAUGGGGCACAGACAAAGCAGGCCAAUCAAUACAGCUCGGACCAAGCCGGCCAAAUCCUGGGGCACAGACAAGUCAGGCCCAACAGGGGUGCGCAGGCGAUAAACAGCACCUUCCAUUCUUCUAAAUAAUUGUAUAUUUCACUCUUCGGAGAAGAUGCAUUCUUAUUUGUAACUGUACAUAACACUCUUCUGUGUAACUGUACACAACACUCUUCUGUGUAACUGUACCUCUCUUCUAUGUGACUGUACAUAGCAUUCUUCUGUGCGACUGUACAUAGCAUUCCUCUGUGUAACUGUAUAUAACCUUCUUCCGUGUACCCGUACAUAGCAUUCUUCUGUGUAACUGUGCAUAACAUUUAUUUGUGUAAUUGUACAUAGCACACAUCUGUGUAACUAUACCUAACAUUCUUCUGAGUAACUGUACAUAGCAAUCUACUGUGUAACUGUAAAUAGCCUUCUACUGUGUAACUGUAUAUAACAGUCUCCUGUGUAACUGUACAUAGCGUUCUUCUGUGUAACUGUACAUAGCAUUCUACUGUGUAACUGUACAUAGCAUUCUUCUAUGUAACUGUACAUAGCAUUCUCCUGUGUAAGUGUACAUAGCAUUCUGCUGUGUAACUGUACAUAGCAUUCUAUGGUAGAACUGUACAUAGCAUUCUACUGUGCAACUGUACGUAGCCUUCUUCUGUGUAACUGUACAUAGCAUUCUACUGUGUAACUGAAGAUAACGUUCCUCAGAUAACUAGUAAGCAACCCUUUGCAGCAUCUGUGUAUAAGAAACAGGCAACCAACAGCAUCCAGCUACGGAAGUCACCAGGGAACAGGGGGUGGACAAGGAAAAUCAUAACAUAGCAAAACAGUAGUGCUAGUGUAACUUAAUAGGGGAUCACCAGUGAUCCCUCACCUUCCUCAAACGUAUAAGAUAAUGCCAGAAGGUAUGUCUAGCUUUUUAGGUAUGUCCCAGGAUUGCAAAGUUAUCACUGCUAAACUUUGACAGUAUCGAGUUUAUUGACCUCAGAAGUAUGAAAGUCUGACUUGACCCUGCUAGGAAUUGAACCUGCAGCACUGAGGUAUUGCAGUGACAAAGAGCCAUUCUAAUACCUCUGAAGGCUCAUAGUGUGAAGUGCAACCUGCCUCCCCACCGACGCCCGGACGGAGGGGCCCUGCGAUGUGGGUCGGAAACAGCCGCUCCCACGUGGCCGGUCAUCCCCCCGCGCGCCACUCGCAGGCGUGAGAGCAAAAUGGCUUCCCCGCGGAUCGUGGAGCGUGGGAGGGAGACAGGCAAAUGGGUAGUUCACUGCACGCUGUGAGAGCAGCACUGAGCCGCUUCCCGCCGACCGCUAGAAAGGACAGAAGGAAAAGGGAAAAAAGGACAGCAAAGGAGAGGUAGGGAAAAACAGGGAGAAAGGUGGAGGAAGGCAUCCUACAGACCCCACAGAAAAGGGGGGGGGGAGGUAGACAGAGCAGGCAAUAACAAAAAAUACCUUUUAUGGAUUCCUUACUUUUUGUCUCUGGUGUCUUUCUCUCUAUGUUAAUGUGCUGCUGUGGAGUUCUAGUAAAGAGAGACUUAAGCAAAUAUGAAGCCUCCUGUCAUGUUAUAAAAUUCCAUUCACAACAGGUGUGUUUCCAAAGUUUAAAGGGACACUCUACUGCCCAAAUACAAAAUAAAGAAAAAUCACCAUUUAGUAGAUACACACCAAAUGAAAAUGUGCAUGCAUUUAAUCAUGUAUUGUUUCAUUGGAGGUAGAUCUAAAAGCAGCUUGCAAAACCAGCAGUUUCUUGUCUGCAGCCUUUGCAAACCCUCCCCUUCUAACCCUGCCCAGACUUUCCGUGGCUGUCCAAUCAAAGACUUCCCAAUGCAGCUCAAUGAAAAGUCUUUGCAAGGCAGGUGCUCUGAGCAAUUGCUGCCUCUGGAGUAUAGCACCACUGAGCUAAACACACCAGGAAGUAACAGGGCUGAUUGUCAGAUUAAAUGUCAGGGAGGUGUAAUCUGGUAAAUUUUAAGGGAUACUAUAGUGCUAAAAAUACAAAGUUGUAUUCCUAACUAUAUAGCUCCCUCUUACCCCCUCUCCCCCUCCCCCUGUUCAGCGUCAACGUGGCGACCAAAAGUCCCCUAGCAAGGAGGAAGGAGCUGUCUGACUGACAGUCACUAGAGACAGUCUUCCCUGCAAUGUAAUUAUUGCAGUUUCGCAGAAGCUUGAGUGCACCCAGAUUCUCUUCAAUAAAAUGAACUGGUCUGGGUGCCUAUAGUGUCUCUUUAAAGUGUCAAUUUCUUUUGAAAUCUGCACUCUUCGAAAAAUAAAAAAAUAUGACGCACUCUUCACACAUAAAGCUUUUCAGCAAGCUAAAGUGCUUAUGGGGUCUGAAGUGUCCAUUUAUCUAUCAAAUGGAAUACACAAUGCAUAUUAUUAGCCUUUACUGCAAUUCCGUUUAUUGGAUAUCAAGACGCUAUGCCAAUGCAAAAAAAAACCAACACGUCUCCAUUUUAGGUGGGGACAUUUGUAAUGCACAGACUUUUAAAUAACCUUGCCAGCCAACAAGAAAAUCCACUUUGCAAGCAGUGUCUUACAUAAUUUGAUUGGUUUUAUACACACAAGCUGCAGUCCUGAUUUAUGCUGUAGUUCAGCAUGUAUGGAGGAGUGGCUGAUAUAUUUUUUUUCUUUCUACUUGUUGCAAAUACUGAAUGCACACAAGAGAAUUCAUCAGUGCUGUCUGAUUCCCUGUCUCCCAUGAGAGGUGGAAAGGGUCUGCAGCCCUGCCAUUCUGUGCAGAUGUUUCUAUGGUAACAGCUUCAGCUAAUUUCUAAGCUAAGAUCUGUCCGCUGAUGCUCAAGUUCGCCGGCACAAAGAUCACCCGCUCCCUCCCCUUUGUAUUGAAUAGUUUUUAAGGAUGCCUUAAGCAGUCAUUUGAAGGUCAUGGGCCACAUUGGUAAUUUUCAAAAUAUACGCUAACACAUUUUCCAAGACCCUUCUGUUUAUACUGAGACACUACCGUUGCUGCUACCGUUAGUUUGGGAGAAUAUGCAGACACUAGGUCAGCGUUGUAAUAGGCAGGGAAUACACAAACGUUGAUAUUUUUAAGUCCCCAUCUUUUGUAGGUAACCCCUAUGUUGCAUGCCUUCUGGGGAACAUGCAGGGUGGCCUUAUUUCAUGUGUGUAGUGAAAAGAAGUUUAUGGGUAGCACCUUCUAGGCUAAAAGUUAGAACCACAGCUGUUGAACUACACAUUAAAUUAUGUUUUGCUAGACUGGCAAAGCAUUGUGGGUCAUUAGGCUAUAGCAGCUGGGGUUCCACUUCUUGGCCACCUGUUCACGAUUACCAUCUCAUUUUAGCAGGGAAAUCUUUUUUUUCACCUAUUGUGCCUGAGUCAUCUUUUUUUUUCGUUGAAUAUUCCUAUUGUAUGGCUCUGCAGAUCAGGUCAUCAAAAAAUUAAGCCAUGCACUCAAACACCCACUACUCUUAGUCGGCAGCAAUGGCUUUAGUAAUCAUCAGCCCAAAUACAUGGAAAACACACAAAAAACACACUCUAAUGGCUAUUAAAGUGUAAGCUCACCUGUCUCGUUUACUAGCCGCUUAGAUUAGUCCUACACUAACAAUUCACCUUGCUGCGUUAAGCGAAAAGGUAAAAUCAUAUUUUGCCAUACUUUUUCUGCAAUGCCAUUUAUGAUGGCCACAAAUAGUGAAAAAAGCCCAGUGUAAAGCAUAAAGCAUUUCUUAAUUUGUUUAAGUGCUAUAUAAAUCCAUACAUAGAUGGCAUUAUAAGUCUGUAGUAAAUUAACAUUGAGUAUACCUUCAAGAAACUUUAAAAUUUAAACUUAAAAUUUAAACGAAGAGCUCGUAUGUAAGUGUAUUAGAUAAAAAAAAUUACAUAAAAAGAAAAUAUUAUUGUUUUAAAAUCCUGUGCUGUUGUGCAUAUUAUAAUUAAAGAAAGCACACAAAAACUUUAACACUUACAUAUACAAAACAUACAAAUAAUACAUAGAAUAACAUAAAAAAUAAUAACAUACCAUAAUAGUGUAUUCAAGAAAAUAAAAAGCGCACACAGGCUUUGCCUAUAAAAAUGCAGAUGUAUCAGUUUGUUUAUUUAAGCCUUUACGUCUCAAAGUAUAUAUCAGGUGACUAUUUUGGAUUUUCGAAUAACCAGAAUCUUCUUGUUAUAGCUGAUAGACCCAUGACCCGUAACCGGAGCUAUAACAGGACUGGAGAAACUAACGUGGGUUUGCUAUAAUUUAACCAUUAGAGUAUCUAGACCAAUAACACAGAAUUUUCACAUCCAAUAAGACGAUUGUGUCACAUAUACCUAUCUUUGAGCAGCCUGUAUGUUUGGCUUACACACUGACUAUAGGAAUAGUUCAAAAGUUAUACUUAACAAAUAAGGAGAUGCAAUUGGUAAACAACAGGAUCUUAAAGGAUGAAUUGAUGACUUUUAAAUUAAACUAAGUUUUCUUAGUUUACCCACACAUUAUUAUUACAACAUAAAAUGACAGCGUGCUUGAUAGAGGACAUUUGCUGUAUUCUUAAAGGGACAGUCUAAGCAAAGUGAUUUUGGUGGAUACACGCGGCCCCUGCAGCCUUGUAAAUGAAUACAGUGCCAUUUCUAAGAAACAUCCCUGUUUACAUUUUCCAUUUGACAUGCCUACUAGUGGCUUUUAGAUUUACAGCAAGCCACUAGGGCGGAAGGACGCAACCUUCUGCUCUCCAGAUGCUGUAGACUACAUCCCCCGUAAUGCUUUGCCUCCAUUAUGGUUGUAAGAGCAUUAUGGGAGAUGUAGUCCACAACAUCUGGAGAGCCAUAAGUCGCAAAUGGGGCCUUGGACUAACUUAGUUUCAGUGAUUGAAUCUCUUUAAUGUCAGGUGUCUAAAUAUAAAGUAUUCUGAGGCUGAGCGCAGUAUGUGUGUGCAGUGUUUCUCUAUGAGAAGCAUUGGAUUUAAUGCUUCUCGUUAGACUUGUGAAUUUGUUCUCAAACUGAAACCAGUCUGAAUUUUGGCCGAUCGGCAGAUUGUCCAAGUUCUGUAACUUCGAAGCGCCUGCUUGGUUGCUUUGUGAUUUGUCAUUUUAUUUCUAGUGCCAAUAAAAGGUUGUGGAAUGGAGAAGAAGCUGAUUUUUUUUGUUAGGAAAACUUGGACUUUAGGUCUGUCCAAAGAUAUGGGCUGUAUCUCCAGUCCAAUCUAGAGGUGGCAAAAGAUCCUAAUGUGAGGCUGGUUAGUUUUAGGUUACUGCUGUACCUUCCUAGCAACUGCCAGUGCUACUUACAAACACUUUUUGUGGGAGAUAGAUAUAGCUUAUUUAAUUGUUAAAUUGAUCCUAAUGUAAGACUAGAUAGGUGACUGUUCUGCCUAGCCACUGCCAGGGCCACUUACAUCAACUUUGAUUUACUGAUUGAGAUUGUGGCAGAUCUUUUUUUUUACUGUUUGUAAAAAGAAAAUUAGUGUUUUUGUUUGAGUGUGUUCGGUACAAUUUGAUCCUAAAUGUAUAAUUGACAUCAUACCUCCCAAGUGUCCCUAUUUAGAGGGUACAGUCCCUAUUUUGGGCCCAAAUCCCCUCUUUUUCUAGCCUAAUGUACAUCUUUUCUAAGAGCUCAAUAUUGUUGAUGUAUCUGAGUGUAUAACAGAGCUUCACAGCAAUACUACUCAUAGUAAUGUCUUUAAACUACACUAAAUGUGAUUAGAAAUCAGUCUGUGUAAAUAAGAUACAUUAUUCUGGUUUUAAAUUACAUUUUAAUUGCAUAAAUUACUGCUAGUAAGGCACCUAAGAUUUCCUAGGGAUGACCACACUCCCACUCACUCCCCUAAAAUUAAAAGGUCCCUCUUAGUCCAUUUGAAAUGGUUUUAGGUAGGCUUACACCAACUCUGUGUAGAGGAUACAUAGCCUGUUUAAAUUGUUUAAUUGAUCCUAGUGUGAGACUGGUUAGAUUACUGCUGUGCCUAGCCAGUGAUAUUGCUACUUACACUAACUUUUAUUUACUUGUUUUAAGUGUGGCAAGUCUUAAAUAUUUUUAAGUAUGUUCAGUGAACAAAAAAAAGGUCAAUUUGCCUAGCCAGUGUCAUUUCGCCAACUCUAAAUGGGAGCUAUAGAACCUAUUUAUUUUAAUUGUGUCAUAGAUCCUAAUGAGGUUGUGGUUACUUUUUUGCUGUGCCUAGACAAUGCCCGUGCCACACUUACAGCAAGUAUGAUUCACUGAUUUAUUUAUUUUUUUCUUAUUGAUUUGCUUUUUGUGUUUUAAUUUCUUGUUAGAAACAAAUUAUUUGAGUUGCAGUGUUCUUCAGUGUCACUACUUGUGCUUUGCAUAUUGCAAUAUAGUUUGUGUCAGUUUACUGCAUAAGUGAAUUCUGCACUUAGUGUGGCAGGUCUUUUUUUUGUAGUUGCUAUUUUAGAAACAAAAUAUGUUUUAUUUUUUUUUCUGAAUGUUUUCCUUCCAGUAUGUGCUGUGCAAGUGUGUUAGCACUGAGCCGUGCACUUUGUGUACUGUAGCGUUUCUUAAAGUCAAACGCAAUAACGUUACAUUAGCAGUAAAUUCACUAAGCAGAAAACUAAUUUUUUAACACAAUUUUUUUUUCCAGCUUAAUAAAGUUGGGAAUGGGUGAGUUGCAAUGCCCACUCACGGUUUCCUUUAAUUUGUUUGAAAACAUCCCCUUUUAAAUUAAAUUAUUCCAGUUGUUGCUCCCCAUUUCCUAAAAUGCGUUUCUUUGUAGAAGUUUCGCCCUGCCUGGCUGAGUCUCGUGGUGACUCCUACCUCCACAUAUGCAGUUCGUAGAAACUGAUAGGGCUCUGUGUUUUACCCACACUGAAAGACAGUCACUUCUUUUUCUCAGAUAAAAGCUAAUUGGCAAUUGACGACCUAUUCAGCCCUUCUAACCUAAGAAGAAGAAUUGUACAGUGCUACGGAAUGUGAUGGCGCUAUAUAAAUAAUAAAAUAAUAAAAUAAUAAUGAAAGCUUUCUCACACAUCCAGUCUGCAGCGUGAGUGAUUGUCCUUCAGUGUGAAAAAAAAAAAAACAGUACCCUAUCAACUUCUACGAACUGUAACUGCGGAGUUAGCAGGCGUAACCACAAGACUUACCCAGGCAAAAACAAAAACACAACAGUGAAAGUCAUUUUAAAAAGGGGGAGCAGCAGCAGGAGUAUUUAAAAAAAUAAAAAAUAAAAGUCAAACAAAUAAAAUAAAAAGAAAAGAUUGUUAUUACUAUUUUAUUAUUUAUAUAGCGCCAUCACAUUCCAUAGCGCUGUACAAUUGAUUACCCUUGAUACCCUUUCACUUUUUGAAUAGUCGCAUUUUUCAAAUUAUAUUACUCCUGCUGCUGAUAAGGCACUGUUUUUUUCCAAAACCUGAUAGUCUCUCACAACAGACUGGAUGUGUGAGAAAUCAUUGUGAUUAUCAGGUUGCAAUAGGUGACUUUCAAUUGCCCACAGACCUUUUCCUUAACUUUUUUGAAAAAAAUCCCUUUUUUCGAAUUAAAAUGACUCCUGCUGCUGCUCCUCAUUUUUCAUUAAUACACAAUGGCAAAAGAAAAAACGAUCCAUCAUUAUAAAACUAAGGACUCGUUUUUAUUUGUUUGAAUCAGCAUCAGAAAUUAUAGUGAUCUUUUGGGGGGGGGGAGGGGAAACAUUUCAAGUGAUUUGUCUAAAGAAGUUAGCAUUUUGUAAUUGUUUCAUUUAUUGUUACAUUUCCCCCUUUUUUUAUAAUAUUGUAAAGUGCUGCGGAAUACGCUGGCGCUAUGUAAAUGCCAAAAAUAAUAACAAUAAUAAUAAUUAAAGUCUAGGAGAAUUUUUGUAGAUAAAUCAUUUGUGAAGUUUUUUUCCAACAGAUUGGAAUUAUUUCAGAUGCCAUUCAAACAAAUUGAAUCAAUGCCUAAGUUCUCACACUUUUUCUUUAAUACAGAUAUAACUAAUAAUAUAAUUAUGCCAACUCAGAAUUGUCAUUGCAGAAAUGCCUGAUAUUGUGCAGACAUUAGGCUAGGCGAUAUUGUAGCUGUUUUUGCAUUGCAGCGCACUGAUAGACAGCAGUCCUUUUUUUCCCCACACUUUUGGCUUGUCCGAAUCUAGAGAUUUUCCUAGGUAGCGAUGUAAACACUGCCCUUUCUCUAAAAUGGCAGCGUUUACAUUACUGAGCUUUCAGGGACAGGACAGGACAUGCUGUAGUGGCUCUGGUGAGUAUAGUGUCCUUUUAAAAUAUUUUUCAUAAUUUGAAUUAAUUUUACAAAUUCAUCCAAAAAUAUUAAAUCUUUUGGAAAGCUUAUCCAACAAUAUUAAAUUGAGGCCCAAGUUAUUUAUUAAUAGAAUUUGAAAAUGUUAUGAAGUCUUUUGCAUGUUCUGUGAUCUGGCAAUUUAGGAUUCACAUCUAUAUCUGAUAUGUGUUACUCUACUGGAAGUGAAUGUAUUACAAACUGUGCACUUAAUAAAGAUACAAAACAUAUAUAUUGAUAUAUAGAAAUACUGUGCUGGAAAUAAAUCACUAAAUUGCUUUUUUUUCUCACUUUUUUCCACGUGCUUCAUGGUACAUGUCAAAAAGGACAGUUGGAACCAAUAAAUGAGGUGAGAUUAUUAGCUUUUUUAUGAGAGCGUAUUGGCAUGUACUGUUUUUAUAUUGAUUGUUUAGGUAACAUAAGUUGUAGCUAUGAAAUGGCCAUAGUAUGUGUGAUUAAAAGGGCCAUAGUAUGUGUGACUAAAAGGGCCAUAGUAUGUGUGAUUAAAAGGGCCAUAGUAUGUGUAAUUAAAAGGGCCAUAGUAUGUGUAAUUAAAAGGGCCAUAGUAUGUGUAAUUAAAAGGGCCAUAGUAUGUGUGAUUAAAAGGGCCAUAGUAUGUGUGAUUAAAAGGGCCAUAGUAUGUGUAAUUAAAAGGGCCAUAGUAUGUGUGAUUAAAAGGGCCAUAGUAUGUGUGAUUAAAAGGGCCAUAGUAUGUGUAAUUAAAAGGGCCAUAGUAUGUGUCAUUAAAAGGGCCAUAGUAUGUGUAAUUAAAAGGGCCAUAGUAUGUGUGAUUGAAAUAGCCAUAGUAUGUCUGAAUAAAAGGGCCAUAGUAUGUGUGUUAUUGGAAUGGCCAUAGUAUGUGUGAUUAAAAGGGCCUUAGUAUGUGUGAUUAAAAGGGCCAUAGUAUGUGUGACUAAAAGGGCCAUAGUAUGUGUAAUUAAAAGGGCCAUAGUAUGUGUGACUAAAAGGGCCAUAGUAUGUGUGAUUAAAAGGCAAUAGUAUGUGUGAUUGAAAUGCCCAUAGUAUGUGUGAUUAAAAGGCCAUAGUAUGUGUGAUUAAAAUUGCCAUAGUAUGUUUGAGUGAAAUGGCCAUAGUAUGUGUGAUUAAAAUUGCCAUAGUAUGUGUGAUUUAAAGGGCCAUAGUAUGUGUGAUUAAAAAGGACAUGGUAUGUGUGAUUGAAAAGGACAUAGUAUGUGUGAUUUAAAGGGCAAUAGAAUGUGUGAUUGAAAUGGCCAUAGUAUGUGUGACUGAAAUGGCCAUAGUAUGUGUGACUGAAAGGGCCACAUUUUUUAAAAUCUCUUUUACUAAAGGCAAAAAUGGUUGCAAUUUGCCAAUUUUAACUGAAUUUUGCUAUCACAUCUCAUUCGAUAAGUUAAAAGUAAUUUAGUAAGUCUCAUAUGCAAAUUCUAUAUAUAAUAUUGGAUUUGCUUAAUUAUAAUUUAAAAAUAAAAUAAAAAAUAAGUUUUAUCUGGUAGCAGGUAAAUUUGCAAAAUAAAUUCACCUGCUUUGUGCAGGUUAACUUAUGCAAAUCUGUAUUGCUUAUUGUACCCAACCAGACAUUGACAAUCUUGAGACCAAUGUAUGGAUGUUUCAGUUUGAAUGCCCCUGGAUGGUGCCAAGCCAGACUGGCGACUAUUAACCAGUAGGCCUCUAGUAUUUAAAAUUGUUACUAAGUCAUAAUUGAUCAAUAACCAACUUCCAGACCCUGGAACAAAACCAUCUAGGUUUUCCACUCAAUCAUAAAAUCUAGAAAAUAAUUAAUAACGUAAAUAUGGGGACUUGUUAAUGUAUGCAUUGGGUGCUUUGGGGUACAGCAUAAGUAAUGACAAUAGCUAUAGAUCUGAUGACCUAUAGCUUCUCUCUCUUGAGCAGGAUGUUGCUUUAAGAUACAUCACGUGGUAGAGGAAGCAUAGUGUGGCACCCAAAUUCUGUGGGGGUAUAAUUUGUAUUAAGCACUUUGGCCAAGAACAAGAGUAAGUAGCAAAACAAAAUACAUUGGAAAAUAAACACAAUGCAGUCAUGGACUGGACUCAUAUUUUGUGAAAUAUGACAAAAGGGAUUCCGUACAUCAUGCACAAUAUUAAAUUGCUGUUUCCUACUCCUUCUGGAACAGGGAUUCCUGUCUAAAAUCUCCGAUCUGCUGCUGUGUCGAUGGACGUGCAGAAAUUGCUGUCAAAAAUGCUAUGAAUGUAGCUGUUGCCAGUCGAGUGAAGAUGAAGUUGAGAUUCUUGGGCCUUUUCCGGCACAGACACCACCAUGGAUGUUAGUACCGAUGACAGAUUACUUAUUGAUGUUGCUUGUAUGGAAUUGUGUAAAGAAAUGAGAAUCUGUCUUGUUUCUGUUCCUGUUAGCUGUCUUAAAAGAACAAGAAAACAGACUAUAAAUGUAUUAUUGUUGUGAUAGUUGAAAAUAUUGUUGUUCAUUGCCUAAAAUGUUCAUAUAAGUUUUCCAAAUAUUUUUUGCAUUGUCACAGCAUUACCAUCAAGAUUUUUCUUAAAUGUAUCCCUCCAUGGUCUGAGUAAAUUUUCCUAUUCUGGACAUCAGGGAGAUUCGGCUGGGGGGAAGACAUGGGCAGCAUGGAGGGGAGGGGGCCUGCUGCCAUUGACUGUCUGUCGCCAGCAUGCUGUGCUUGCUGACAACACAUGCCAAAUAUGCACAAAAUUAACAUAAGCCACCCGGAACUCUUGUUACGAGCUGAUGCCCCAAUGACUCUGUUGUCAGCAGAGAUGUUAAACUCUGCAUGUGCGGCAUUUCAAAGUGAAACACUACAUAUACUCUAUGAAAAUGUAUUGGUGUGAGGGGUGCAGCAGAAUUAAAUAUACACUGAUUCCUGCAACACCUGCAUGUGUAUAUAAAGAAAUAUUGUUUGUGAAGACUGCAUUGUAAUGUCAUUGUAAUUCCAAUGCAAUCUAAAUAUACUGCAAGUCAAAGUAGGGACUACUCUGUCUUAUGGUAAAGCCUGAGGUUGACUACAGGCAGAGCUUUGCCGUCAGUGUUUGUCCAAUCUCAGCAGCAAUAUGGGAUUAUGUGGGAUUCAGGCUCUGUCUAUGGAGGUUCCACCAGUCUCCGUUCUCUCGUGCAUCUGCGAGUGUACAGCACUCAUGUAUCUCCUGGCAACUGAACUGCCAGGAGGUAAGAGGACCGUAGCAUGAAGAUGACGACAGUCAUGAGGUAUAGUCUGAAGUAAGUAAAACUCACCUCCCAUGCAUCCUACCGCCACCAGACCCACAUCAGAUUGAUACAUUUUGGGGUCCUUUGUGAAAUAGGCAGAGACCCGCUUUAAUAUUAUGUAUGGCUGUAUUAUGUAAUUGAAUUUAUACUUAAAUAUAGCCAAAACUAAAAAUCGUAAUCACUGUUUCUGAAAAAUGUCUUUACAUUUAGAUUUAUUAGAGCACAGGGAAAAUUAUUAUGUAAUUGAAUUUAUACUUAAAUAUAGCCAAACCUAAAAAUCGUUAUCACUGUUUCUGAAAAAUGUCUUUAAAUUUAGAUUUAUUAGAGCACAGGGAAAAUUCUCCAAAACAGCUAUACUUUGAGUGUGGCUACUUUGGAUUCCAGAAAAUGGUUAUUUUAGUGAAUAACUCUGCAUAAAUUGCUAGCACAAGAGAUUAUAUGACAUUACUUGACAUAUCAUAAUUGAUUAACCUUAAAUUUCAUUAUUUCUACAGGAUGAGCAAUCGCAGUGAUGAAAAGGAAGGGGAUUCAGAUAAUGCUGCAAGUGAACCUCCUCCAACGCCACAGGACACUUCACCUGACAGACGCAGGUCAUCUUCAGACACAUCCAGGUCUACUUACAGUCUCACGAGGCGUAUUUCAAGUAAGACUGUUAUAUAUGAUGUGACAUAUGAUAAGGACUGUAAAAAACACUUAAUUUUAAAAAGUCUUAAUUCAAUAGGAUGAGAAUUUACAACUAUAGAUUUGCAAAUCCAUGUUAAAAAAGGCUUACAGCAAACAGGUGAUUAGUUAACAUAUGGUAAGGUGCUUCAGAAAUUAAAUAAAGUUAAUGUAAACAAAGCCCCAGGGCCAGAUGGUAUUUAGCCAUGUGUGCUUAGGGAGCCUAGUGUAGAAAUAUCAAUACCACUGUUUAUAAAUUUUCAGGAUUUUUUUCUUUCAGGGGGAUAGAAAACAAACUUGUAGACCGAUAUUGCGUAGGAUGAGAAGAAGCUGGUGAUGAUCAACAGUGUCAAAAGCUGCAGACAGGUCAAGGAGAAUUAGGAUAGAGUAGUGACCAUGAGAUUUUGCAGCGAGUAUAUCAUUGGAUACUUUGGUCAGUGCCGUUUCCACAGAGUGCUUAGCGCGGAAACCAGACUGAAGCGGGUCUAGCAGAGAGUUGGACACAAUUUUUUCAAGCAUCUUGGAUGCAAAAGGCAGUAGCGAGAUAGGACAAUAGUUGGAUGGGGAGUUAGGGUCAAGAUUGGGCUUCUUUAGAAUUGGGGUUACAGUUGCAUGUUUGAAGGGCAAUGGAAAUAUACCAGAGGAAAGAGAGAGAUUGAGAAUUUUAAUGAAAGGUGGAGAAAGAGAAGACAGAGUACGGAUAAGAUAGAGGGAAUUGGAUCUAGGGAGCAGGUGGUAGGGUGGGAGGACUGGAGCAGAGCAGAAACCUCUUCCAAUGUAGCAGGUCUGAAUGAACAUAGAACAGCAGAGGGAGUGAAGUUAGGGGAAGUAUUGUAAGGUGAAGAAGAAAAAUAGAGAUCUCUUCUCUGACUGUAGAGAUCUUGUCAGUGAAAUUAGUUGCAAAGUCUGAGGGGGUCAAGUUAGUAGGUGGAGGAGGAACAGCAGGGCGAAGAAGAGAGUUAAAUGUGUGAAAUAGUAAUUUGGGUUCGCGGGAGAGUGUGGUUAUGAGGGUAUUGAAGUAAUUAACUUUUGCAGAGGAAAGAGCCAAGCUGUAUGAGCUUAGCAUAAAUUUAUAAUGGAGAAAGUCAGAUGCACAGUGAGACUUUCUCCAACAGCGUUCAGCAGUUCUGGAGCAUUUUUUGGAGGUAUUGAGUGAGCUUGGUGUGCCAGGGUUGUUGUUGGGGGGGCCUGCGGCGUUUAAAUGUACAAGGUGCCAUGAUGUCUAGUUGAGAGGAGAGGGUGGUUGCAGAACUAGGACAGGUGAGGUUGAGAUAGGUAAAAGGAGAGUUUGGAGAUUAGUGGAGAAAUGCUCUAGGUCAAGACAUUGGAGGUUUCUGUGAGAGUGAUGUUCAGACGGUGAUGUCAGUUGGGUCUUGGGUAUGCCAAUGUCAAAAGUCAGCAGAUGGUGGUCAGAUAGAGGAAAAGGAAUAUUGGAGAGAUUAGAGGCAGUACAGAGGUUGGUGAAGGCAAGAUCAAGAGUGUUUCCUGCUGUAUGGGUUGCUAAAUUGGACCAUUGCGUAAGGCCAAAGGAGGAGGUUACAGAGAGCAGACGAGAGGCAUCAGUGCAAUUGCGUUUAUUGAUUGGGAUAUUGAAAUCCCUAAGUAUAAGGGAAGGAGUGCUAGAUGAGAGGAAGUGGGGAAGCCAGGGAGAAAAGUGCUCAAUGAAUAGUCUAGGAUAGCCGGAGGGGGGUAGAUGAUAGCAAUUCUUAAAGGAGUGGGUUUAAAUAGGCGGACAGAGUAAACUUCAAAAGAAGAAAAGGAUAGGGCAGGGGGAGUUAUGAUUGGUUGAAAGGUACAUUAAGGGGAGAGAAGGAUGCCUACGCCGCCUCCUUUACAGUUGAGUCUGGGAGUGUGAGAGAAUUGUAGCCCACCAAAACAUAAAGAGGCAGGAGUAGGUCUCUGUAAGUGCAAGCAGUGUGAGUGAAUUUGAGAUGAAAAAGUCGUGUAUGGUUGUUGAUUUUAAAUUACUGCAGAUGGAGCGGGCAUUCCAGAGUGCACAAUGAAUUUUGGUAAGUGAGGGUAAAGGGCCGGGUAUGAGGUUUGUGGGGUUUCUGGUUGUAUUAGUGUGUGUAGAGAAGUUGAAGGGCCCUGGAUUGGGAGAGACAUCCCCAGCUGCUAGAAGUAGGAGGAGAGAAAGUGACAGGAGGUGUGAAUGGGUUUUGUAUGCAUGGGGUCUAGGAUGAGAUCGAUUGUGGGUUGGAGUGAGAGUAGAAAAAUGAGUGUAAGGCAUGAGAUGAGAGACGGGGGGAGUGUAGCAGAGAAGGGCAUGUGUAAAUGAUGGCCUCCUACAUGUCAGUGCUCUGUGUUGAGAGCUUUGACAAGUUAUGAAUACUGAGGCUAUUAUUAGCUGACCUUUUGCUACAAACACAAGUAAUUAUCAUGAUGAUUGUCCUAAAUAUUGCUUUUUGUCCCAGAUUGGCUUGAUUAAUAUGCCUCCCAUAGAAAUAUGCUGCUGCAUCUCUGUUGCAAAUACUGAUAAUGCCAUUUGUUUACGUUCUAGGUUUAGAAUCAAGAAGACCAAGUUCUCCAUUGAUUGAUAUAAAACCAAUUGAGUUUGGUGCAUUGGGAUCAAAAAAAGAAAUCAUACAACCAACAGUUCUGAGAAAAACAUAUACCCCAGAAGACUAUUUUAGAAAAUUUGAACCACGUCUUUAUUCCCUCGAUUCCAGCAAUGAUGAUGCAGACUCAUUAACUGAUGAUGAAAUCCUAACUAAAUAUCAACUAGGUAUGCUGCAUUUUAGUACUCAGUACGAUCUAUUGCACAACCACCUGACUGUCCGUGUGAUCGAGGCCAGAGACUUGCCACCUCCCAUAUCUUAUGAUGGUUCAAGACAAGACAUGGCUCAUUCAAAUCCAUAUGUGAAGAUAUGCCUCUUACCAGACCAGAAGAAUUCUAAGCAAACAGGCGUUAAGCGUAAAACUCAGAACCCAGUAUUUGAGGAACGAUACACUUUUGAAAUACCCUUUUUAGAAUCCCAAAGAAGAACUUUGCUUCUAACUUUAGUGGAUUUUGACAAGUUCUCCCGUCACUGUGUUAUUGGAAAAGUCUCAAUGCCUUUAAAUGAGGUUGACCUUGUCAAAGGAGGGCACUGGUGGAAGGCCAUUAUACCAAGCUCCCAGGUGAGUUACCUAUUCAUAAUUACUGUAUUUUGAAUGCAUGAGACACUACAAGCUUGAGCAUGAUUUAAUAAUGGGCCCAUUUAAACUAAAUGACAAACUGCACGUUUUUAAAACAAUAUUUAUCUAGAGAAACACAGUGAUGCAUAAAGCUCCCUAGUCACAGACUCAUUGCACAUCGUUACUUAUAACUUCAGCAAAUUGUGAAAAUUGCCAUAGGUAUAAGAUUGCCCCUUCAGGCAAAUGAGGCAGUUUUUGUGCCUGAGGCAUGUUGAGUACACUUGUCCUCUGCCCUCUCAGUUCCUGUGGAGAGACAGAGCUAUGGACAUGGACUGUAGGUGGCUAACGAGAUUGCUGAACACUGUUAUACUCAAUGAAGCUGUGAAUGUGCUCAUGUAAAUUUAUUGAGCAGUUCCUUUGUCAACCCUGAGGAUUGCAACUGUGACUUUAGUGUAAAGUAUAAAUCAUAUAAUCCACUUUGGCUCAAAAUGAAAGGUUCCUGAUUGGCCGUGCCUUUUCCUUGUCUGGGAGAGGUCUGCUUGCUGUUUUUGUUCUCAGUGUGUUCAUAUUUUUAUUUGCCUAUUUCCAAUGCCAUAUCUUUGUAAUGUUUAAAAAAAGGUUUUAUUGGUCCCUAAAGAAAAAGCUAUUUUUGAAUUCAAUGGUGAUCUCAUUUUUCAUUUACCAACAUUACCCAGCAUCCAUUUGCUAUACAUAUAUCAUUUGUACUCUUUUUGAAGGUAUCGACUGAAUCCGCCAAUUCAUCUUUGUUGAACAGCCCAUUUCACAUCUUAAGUGCAUGUAACUGACAAAAUCUGUUUGACAUAAAGGAAGAAAGGGUGAUGGGGAGUUUUCAGUCAUAUUGAAGAUUACAGUCAUAUUUAUUUAACAUUUAAGUAAUUAUAUCACAUAAUUAAUUAAUUCAUAGGUAAGUGCCAACCUAUUAUAGGCAGAAAACCCAUUCCAAAAUCAGACUGAUAUUAGUUUGUAAUGCACACACUGCAUGCACUUCUUUUUAGAGAUAUGUUUAUUAUUGGCAUUUGUACUUUGUACAAGUUCCUCCUUUGUUUUAUUGUCCUUGUAGUCAUUUUGAGUUAAAAGUUUAAUCUAAUGCAUCAAUAACCGAAGAGAUGAGUUGCACCAGACAUAACACCCACACAUCCCCUCCCCUUAGUAUGACUCAUAAUCCCAUUAUGCAGGACAUAGUUCCCUGGGUUUUCUGGAUGUACCCCUAAACAUAGGGGUACCCCUUUAAAUAUUACAUCCCCUGGUAGCCCUGAUCUGGGUGAGAAACAUAUUCAAAAAUCAACCAGAUCGGACCAGGGGUUCGGGAAAUUCCUGGAGGUAAUAAAAUGACCGACCGCACUGGGGUUAACAGCCGAAAUGGGUUCCAUACAUUUUGGCCUUGCGGUCGGUCUCAGAAAAAGGGAACAAAAUGCCUGAACGGCUUGGGUUAUGGAGACUGGGGAGGAUUCGGAUAAACCCCCUUGUUCGUGGGGUUGUUUCUACCGAACGGCUCCGUUCGGUAGUUCCUACACGAAGGGACGGCAGUGUGGAGGUCUCAGCUGUGUUUGCCUAGCCAAGUGUCCGAUUUGGAUUCCAGACAGCUGUUCGGGAGUUUAAGAUGGCCGCCACCACGUGUUCGUCUUCCGAAUGGCGGCCACCCAGAGGACACAGCACACACUGCACGGAUUGCCAAUUACCCGUUUGCAACAUUGUUGCGAAUGGUAAUUGGAGGCACACUUAUUCCUGGGAUGGUCUGAUCGUUCGAUAGUUUCACUUGCAUAAUAACUGCAGUGAUUUUACCGAACAAUCAUUCGAAUGCUGCAUACACUUUGCAUACAUAUGGCAAAAAUUAACCAAACACAUAUGAAUACACAUAAUUCUGAGGACAGCCCAAUGCCUAACCACUACAAGGUGGUUAGGUGUGAAUAUUUUUUUUAUGGAAGGAGAGUCAGUUUCCUCAUAUAUUCUAUUAUUAAUUGAUGUUACUUGGUUAAUAGAUUUUAAGCACAUCAGUUAAAUACAAUCUGGUCUCUCUUUAUUGAAGUUCAAAAUACAACAUUACAUGUAUUAUUAGCCUCUGUGUGUAUUAUUUUGUAAUCCACACAUGUUAGUAAAUACCUUGUUUCAGUGUGUUUCUCCUGUCUUACCCUUGCAUCUUGGGGCAGCCAUCUUUGAAUUCUCUUUUGUUCAGAAUAAACAGUUACCCAGUCACAGCCCAUACAGGUACCAAGAGCUGGUGCACAUUCACAAAUCCUUGAUGUCUAUCAUUUGCAAGUGUUGGCCAUAUCAAAAUGAUACCUUAACUGGUUUGAUCAGUUCAUACUGUACAUGGUCUUCCCACAUAACAUGGUGCUUUUGGCAAAGGGAAAUUAAAAGUGGCCACCUUCACAGAGCAAGGAUAAGCCAAGGUAAAUUGAACAUGUAAGUAGUUACUUAUAUAUAAACAGUACAAUACAUUACACAAAGAGGUUGUAUUACAUGGAAUAUUUAAUUACAAUAAUAGAAAUGUGUUACAAUUUUCCUUUAAACCUGAGUUUAUUCGGUUAAACUAAAUUAUAUUUAAUUUGACUUCAGUCAAAUUUCUCCUCUUCCCACCUCCACCCCAAUAUAUCAGGAAUAUAAUAAAAACUUGGGUUCAUUCAUAGUCGUCAUUUAGAUCUAUCUGUCUAGUUUUUUAUUUUUUUUAUUUUUUUUGUCAUUCAAGGUUUUUAUUAAGGUCAUUCAAUAGUUACAGAUGGGUGUGAACAUUUACGUGUCAAAGUAAAGUGUUAUGUAGUUCAGCAUGGUAUACAAUUCAAUAUCAGUUUGAGAGUGUACGAUACAUGCAUGGUAAAUUUCACAUCUAACAUUGUUUGCUAAGAUAAGCUUUUCCAGUUGGUAAGGUAUUUAUGUGGUUACGUUACUUAGUAGGGAUAUGUUGUGGUUCGCAACACUUGGGUCCAGUGAGGUUUGCCUUUCACUGGGGUUUCGAAUAGGAAGCCCGAGGCCUAGUGUUCGGGGGUAAGGGAGGGGGACCUGUGGGCAGCAGGGGGGUGUUUGUUGGGAUAUUGCUGCGUCCGGUGCCAUCUGGGGAAGAUGGGGGGUUAGCGGUCUGUUAGUCGGCGUGUAGCAGGGGGACUGUCUCUGGGGUGCUGUCGCGUGUCUGUUUGUCGUGUGACGUGGUUGUGUCUCCUGAGGGUUAGUGGGGUUGUGUUGUGUGGUGUUCUUUCUAUGUCCGGGGGGGAAAGGUGUGCGUAUGUUGGUAUGUUGGUUGUCUUGUGCAAUUACUUGUCUCGGCAUUGGUUUUUCCCUGGCGGGCUGUGUGUGGCCAGAGCCGCCAGGAGGAGGGCGGGGAGAUAAUAGUGAAGGAUAGGGGUAAGAAGGGAUGGAUGGGUUCAGGGUAAGCAUGGUGAGGUGUGGAGGGUUAGGCGUGGGUUAGGGGGGUUCCGGGUCCAGGCUCCCUUGAUAAAGGCAUUUUUGCCGAAACGUUGGGGGUGUUUUGGUGACUGCCUCUGUCCCUGCUUCUCAUUAGGUCUGGUAUGCUUAUUGUUAUAUAGUUUUGUAUAUUUAUAUCUAUGUUUGUGGGGUUGGAUUAGACUGAUAUUUUAUUUCUCUAUUUUUGUAUAUUGAGACUCUGUUAUUCAUAUAAGAUGCUUUUGGUGUUUAUACUUAUAUUUUCAGAAUUUUUCUGAUCAUUGCUGCAUAGCGUGACAUGAUCCUAUAUUUUGGAUCUUUAUGUUAUGUGAUAUUUUUAUAGAGUAUACCCACUUAAUAAAGAUUGUUUUAUUACUAUUGAUGGUUGUGCUCCUUACUCUAUUGUUAUUUACAUGUAUGUGGGCUUUUGGGGAUAAAGCCUUAUGUGAGUGAGCACCCCAUAUUGUAUUUUCAUAGAGCUCCACUUGGGAGCUUGCAUAUAUUUCAUAUUGAGUGUGCCUACCUUAUUUAAUUUUUAAUUUUCUUCCGAGGUGUAGUCAGAUGUCUCCCGCGCGGGCGCAAUCUUGAUAGGUCUCGGCCGCGGAGUUACUCUGAGCAAAUCGCUGAUAGUUUUAGUUGCCGACAUUGUCUCGCUCUUCAGAUGCUUAGAUUUGCGUCCCAUUUUGCUCAGACAGGCACGGGAGGUAAAACUUCCAAAUCAGUGUAUUAAUGGUUUUGCAGCGGAUUUCUCCCAGGAGCUCAGUGAUUUCACAUCUGCUUGAGUCAAGCGCUAGCUCCGCAACUCUAUCUGCAGAGUUUUAAUGAUCCUUAUAAUCUCUCUUUUUAAAAUAAAUUAUCUUAGAGAUUGCUUAACCCUGCAUGGCACGGGAAUAUUGUCUGUAACCUAAAAAUGAUUAAUGCUACGUCUGCAUAAUUUUUUUGCCAUUAUUUGGUGGAAAUAAAUGUUCUGAUGAUUCUAUUACAAAAUGUGCACAAUGAGAAGUAUCCAUAAAAGAUUUGGAAAUAAAGUUUAUUUUACGUUGGGAAUUUUUUGAUGAAGGAAAUGAUUGCAAAUGAAAUGUUUUCUCAUAAUAACUAUUAAUUAUCAUUUAGAUAUCAAUGUUUAAAGAUGUGGUUUUUUUUGUUUUGUUUUUUAAUCAAGGUAUUCACUAAUUGGAGAAAAAUGUAAAGGGCUAUUCACUAAAGUGAGAUUUGCAGAGAACUAAGAGUGAAUUCCAAAUUGAUAGCAAAGUAGCCUUUCAUAGCUGACUGGGAGAAUGUUUCUGGUUUAUCAAUUUUGACUUUAAAGGGAGGCUGCCGUUGGCAAAACUACUCUAGCUCUUGAAAUCCACAUACAUAUAUGUUGUGCUGGGAUUUUUGCUAGAUGUGGAGUAAAGCCUAUUUAAAAAUAGAUUUUUUACCCCCAUCUGUCUCUCAAUGUCUCGACAGACAGUGAAUGCUGCAUGCGCUGUAGUUACUAUGGUAACUCCCAAGCCAAUGCAGCUAGCGCUGACUAGGGAGUAUGGGAACGAAGUAACAUGACAUCACUCCGCUCAGACGCAGCAUACUCUGUAGCGCUUUACAAUAUUAUCAAAGGGGGAGAUUUAACCAUAAAUGAGACAAUUACAAAAAAACCCUACAGGAACAAUAGGUUAAAGAGGGCCCUGCUCAAACAAGCUUACAAUCUAUAGGAGGUGGGGCAUAAAACUCAGCAGGACAGGAGGUAGCAAUCAAACAAGGUGGAGUGAAGCAGAACCGGAGGAGAGAGUAGAGUGCUGCCCUUUAGGAGAGAGCAAGAGAAAGGUAUGUGAGCUAUUGGUUACUCUGGGAGGCCAUAAGCUUUCCUAAAGAGAUGACCAAGUAGGGGCAUACCUGCAGAUCAGUGAAGAGAUAUAGGAGGGGCUAUAAUUGGUCAGUGCUUUAUAGGUAUGGAUUAGUACCUUGCUUGACUCCUAUAGGAUACAGGAAGCCAAUGUAAGGACUGACAGAGGGGUGAGGUGUGAGAAGAGUGACAAGAGAGGAAAAUUAGUCUAGCUGCAGCAUUCAUUACAGACUGUAGCGGGGCAAUACAGCUUUUGGGAAGAACAAUUAGGAGAGAGUUACAAUAAUCCAUGCGAGAUCUUGCAUAAGAAAGGGGCGGAUGCGGGCUAUGUUUUUAAGGUUUAAUAUACAGGAUUUUGUAACAUACUGGAUGUGAGGCUCAAAUGUUAGGCCAGAAUCAAGUAUAAUGCCAAGACAGCGUGCUUGCAAGGAUGGACUGAUAUGGGUACCACUAACUUGAAGGGAGAGUAAAGGAGGAGGAUCAGUAUUUGGAGCAGGAAAGACAAGAAGUUUAGUUUUAGAGAGAUUGAGUUUCAAAAAGUGGGAGAACAUCCAGUCAGAGAUGGAAGAAAGGCAAGCAGUGACACGUUGCAGGACGGCAGAUAAGAGAUCCAGGGAGGCGAGGUAUAUGUGAGUGUCAUCAGCGUACAGGUGGUAUUGGAAUCCAAAUGAGGUAAUCGUUUUGCCAAGAUAGGCAGUAUAAAGCAAAAAUAGAAGGGGAUCAAAUACAGAGCCUUGGGGGACUCCAACAGAGACAGGACGAAAGGAGGAGGUAUCAUUAGAAAAGAAAACACUGAAUGAGCGUUGGGAGAGAUAGGAAGAAAACCAAGAGAGGACAGUGUCACAGAGACCGAGUGAUUGAAGAGACUGGAGAAAGAGAACAUGGUCAACAGUGUCAAAGGCAGCAGCAAGGUCAAGAAGAAUUGGUAUGGAGUAGUGCACUUUGGAUUUAGCUGUGAUUAGGGCAUUCGUGACUUUAAUAAGAGCAGUCUCAGUAGAUUGGAGGGGGCAGAAGCCAGACUGAAGAGGGUCAAGGAGAGAGUUGGAAUUGAGGAAACAAGUCAUACCAGUCUUUCCAGAAGUUUUGAGGAAAAAGGGAGCAGGGAUAUGGGACGAUAGUUAGAAGGGGAGGAUGGGUCAAGAGAUGUUUUUUUAAAGAUGGGUACUAAAGUAGUAUGUUUAAGGGCAGCAGGGGCAACACCAGAAGAGAGAGAGAGCAGUUGAAGAUGUGUAUUAAGAAAGGCACAAGACAAGAGGAGAGAUAUCUGAUAAGGUGAGACGGGACAUAGAGGAGUGUUGUCCUGCUUGGGUAGUGUCCACGAGUAGGGUAAAUUGACCAAGAGCAGAGGAGAAGCGCAGUCGGAAUGUAACAUCCACCUCUGUAAGGAGACCAUUUUCUGUUGCCAAAGCUGAUAGUAGCUGCAGUGUGACUGCUAUCAACUUACUGAUACAGUGUGUAUUUGCAAAUUGCUGCAAUUGUAAUCCUAUGUUAGCAUGGGGCAUGGUGACUGGAACCUGCUUGCUCAGUGACCUAUGCAAAGAGCAUACAUUUUUAUAGUACUUGUAGUGUCCCUUUAAACAGACACUGUAGACACUAUAACAAUUUCAUCUCAUCAAAUUGGUUAUAGUGCCUGGAGUCUCCUGGUGCUGUUCCUCCGUUUGGUAUUAAACCAUUUUGAGAAGUUAAAGGACCACUAUAGUGCCAGGAAAACAUGCUUGUUUUCCUGGCACUAUAGUGCCCUGAGGGUGCCCCCACCCUCAGGGUCCCACUCCCGCCGGGCUGAAUGGAGAGGAAGGGGUUAAUUCCUUACCUUUUUUCCAGCGCCGGGCUCCCUCAGCGGUGGGGAAUUCCUCCUCCUUUCCCGUCAUUGGCUGAAUGCGCAUGCGCGUCAUGAGCCGCGCGCGCAUUCAGCCAGUCCAUAGGAAAACAUUCUCAAUGCUUUCCUGUGGACGCUGGUGUCUUCUCUCGAUGAGACAGCCACUAGAUGCUGGAUUAACCCAUUUGUAAACAUGGCAGUUUCUCUGAAACUGCUAUGUUUACAGCAGAAAGGGUUAAUCCUAGAUGAACCUGGCACCCAGACCACUUCAUUGAGCUGAAGUGGUCUGGGUGCCUAUAGUGGUCCUUUAAUACCAAGUAAUUCCUUGGCAAACAUUCAAUGCUGAGGAUUUGAGAGACGGGGUAGCAGAAAAUGAAUAACCUCUCAAUCACAUUUCAUAAAAAGAAGCAGGGGAGCUUAAAAGUAAAACAGUAACCACGGGAGGCCAUUCAUCUCUAUACAAUGUAUCCUGCCUAUCCAUGAAAUUGGCUUCUUUCUCCAUGAUUGUAAACCCCUUUUGAGGAUACGUAAAAUAAUUAGCCGAAAAAAAGAGUCUUAGGGUUAUCUGUAAAUUGAAUUCCCAAAUACUUAAAAGAGUCAGCAGCUGACAAAUUCACAGGUUAAUUGAUCUUAUAUCCUGAAAGUGUACUAAAAGAAUUAAGCAAUUCAAACACGAGGGUAAAGAGAAAAUUGAAUCGGCAGUAAGUCAAUAAGAUGUCAUCAGCAUAGGCAGCUGCCUUACAGUUAUACCCUGAACUGAGUUUUAUUUUUUCAAAUAAGAUGGAGUAAUGGGUCUAACAAAAGGGAAAGCAACAAAGGAGAAGGGGGACACCCCUGAUGUUUCCCAUUUGACAGUUCAAAAGGGUCUAAUAGCCCUUCAAAAUGGUAUUGGAAAACUUCAACAUACCAGCAACCGAAUAAAUGUGGGGGAAAAAAAUAGUAAAAAGAAAAGCACAGACACAUUUCCACUGGAUAAUAGUCCUUUUUCAAAGUGCAUAGGUUGUGUCUCACUCUCCUAUCAUUUAAGUGUAUUCAUUGGCGUGCUUUAGGGCUUUGUUUCAUGCACUUUUCAAAUGCGCAGGAAUCAACUUAACUCUGGCCAUUGCCCUUAAAGGGACACUAUAGUCACCUGAACAACUUUAGCUUAAUGAAGCAGUUUUGGUGUAUAGAACAUGCCCCUGCAGCCUCCCUGCUCAAUCCUCUGCCAUAUAGGAGUUAAAUCCCUUUGUUUAUGAACCCCAGUCACACCUCCCUGCAUGUGACUUGCACAGCCUUCCAUAAACACUUCCUGUAAAGAGAGCCCUUUUUAGGCUUUCUUUAUUGCAAGUUCUGUUUAAUUAAGAUUUUCUUAUCCCCUGCUAUGUUAAUAGCUUGCUAGACCCUGCAAGAGCCUCCUGAAUGUGAUUAAAGUUAAAUUUAGAGAUUGAGAUACAAUUAUUUAAGGUAAGUUACAUCUGUUUGAAAGUGAAACCAGUUUUUUUUCAUGCAGGCUCUGUCAAUCAUAGCCAGGGGAGGUGUGGGUAGGGCUGCAUAAACAGAAACAAAGUGAUUUAACUCCUAAAUGACAGUGAAUUGAGCCGUGAAAUUGCAGGGGAAUGAUCUAUACACUAAAACUGCUUUAUUUAGCUAAAGUAAUUUAGGUGACUAUAGUGUUCCUUUAACUUUGUUCUGAUCACCCCAAAGCAGGCAAUUAAAGUCCAUAAGCAGAGUAUAACUUAUCCACAAACAAAAACGUCUCUUUUAAGGCAAUUUAGAAUAUGGAUAAUGUCCUUAUUCCUUAUAAACUUUUUUUUAAAAACGAUUAGAAUACACGCCCUAAUGUAUAACAUUAAAAUCAAAAGAUUAUUUUUUUUCUAAAACUAUUAAUAUGUUAAUAUAUAUAUAUAUAUAUAUAUAUAUAUAUAUAUGUAUAAAAAGGGGAAGAGUUAUAUUGAGAAAUAUUAAAUAUGUAAAUUGUAUAGAUAAUUUAUCCAAUUGCUCACUGGGUAAAUGAUUAAAAAUGCCUGUAGCCUAAGAGAGAAUUAAAGGACAAAAGAAUGCACAUUAAUAUAAAUAUUUAUUCCAAGAUAUAAUAAAUGAAAUAAUAUUACCAUAAAAUCAAGAGAAAAUAUAUUUACCUUCAUACAAGAAAAAUAUAUAAAGUAUUAGAUAUACAUAAAAGAAUGGAAUACAAAUGAUAUAUAUUUAUUUUUUAUAUUUUUAUGAUAAUACAUAAGACAAUUAAUAUUACUAUGGGAAAAAAAGGCAAUACAAAAGGGAAAAAAGGGGAAAGGAAAACAUUUUCCUCUUUACUUAAUCUCUUAUAAAAAUAUAAAUUAUAAAAAAGAUAUAGCUUCAAAAUCCAUAUUAAGGCCAUUAGGUGUUAUGGUAUUUAAAUGAAACAUCUACCACAUUUCUUGUUGCCCUCUAAAUUCAUGCUUUUUACAUGUAGAACUUCAUCUGCAUCAGAACUUCACUGUGUCUAGAUAGCCAUGUAUUGUUAGUUUUGUCUUCCAUCUCAUUGUUUGCUGUAACCACGGCAUCCACCCUGUGUUGAAAAUCCUUAAUGUGGGUUCACAGAGAUUCUAUUUUGGCCUCGACACCUGUAGCCCUUUAUUAAAUUUCUUGGCCAAGUAGGCUCCAUCUGCCUUCAUUUGGUGAAGAAGACGGGCAAUGUCAUCUGAGUAAAACAAGGAGCUUGGUCGCAUCGUACUGUUCCUUCAUUGAGCCAUGAGGGCACAUAUGAGUGCAAUCUUGGACCACUGGUUGCAUCAGGCAGGCUGAAGAAAAUCAGGACACCCCCGAGGAAUCCUUCUUAUGAGACUUAUUCUCCAAAGAGUUCAUAGUUGGAACAUGGUAAGUAUGGUGGUUAGGGCUCUAGAUUCAGCCGUCCAUCUAGCAGCAUGUCCAGAGCACACCCCUCAUUUCUGUUUUUUAAAUAUUCCUUGUAUAAUUUCUUUUUUAUGUCUUGUAAUUUUAUUGUUUGAUUUGGAUGGUUAAUUGUGGUUCAUUUGUAAGAUAAAUGCAUUCGGAGUGUGUACACAAGUGAGGACUUUUGAUUUGACAGUUUACAGAGGUUUACAAAGUAUUUGUACAUAAAAGCAUUUUUUAGGUGAUUAUUACUUAUUAUUGAUAUUUAUGUAAAUAUUCAUUAUACUUUUCAAUAUUUUUCUGAAUAAAAAUAAAAGAUAUACAGUUAGGUUCUGGAAAUAUUUGGACACUGACACAGUUUUCAUAAUUAUGGCUCUGUACCACAAUGGAUUUAAAAUGAAAUAACCAAGAUGCAAUUGAAGUGCAGGUUUUCAGCAUUAAUUCAAGGGAUUGAACAAAAGUAUCAAGUGAACUGUUUAGGAAGUGCAACUAGUUUCAUGCACAAAUUGACAAAUUAGCACAAUCAUAAAUAAAAUGUUAAUUUUUUUAAUACUUUGUCGAGAAUCCUUUGUAGACAAUGAUUGCUUAAAGUCUGGAACACAUGGACCACACCAAACAUUGGGUUUCCUCCUUUGUGAUGCUCUAUGGGCUUUUUUAAUUGUUGUUUUUCUGUGGGUCUUUCUGCUUCAAGUUUUGUCUUCAGCAAGUGAAAUGCAUCCUCAAUCGGGUUGAGAUCAGGUGAUUGAUUCGGCAAUUGCAGAAAAUUCCAAUUCUUUGCUUAAAAAGCUUCUGGGUUGCUUUCACAGUAUGUUUUGGGUCAGUGUCCACCUGUAAAGUUGUCUAAUCAACUUUGCUGAAUUGAGCUGAAUCUGAGCAGGCAAUAUAUCUCUAUACACUUCAGAAUUCAUCAGGCUGCUUGUGCCUUCUGUCACAUCAUCAAUAAACACAAGUGACCCAAUUCCAUUGGAAGUCAUGCACACCCAUGCCAUCAUCCUGCCUCCACUGUGUUUUACAGAUGACGUGGUAUGCUCAGGAUCAUAAGCUGUUCAAAGCCUUCUCCAUACUUUUUUGUUCCAUCAUUCUGGUACAGGUUGAUCUUACAACCUUUCACUUUUUAUCCGCCCUUCACCUAAUUUGGAUGUGAAUACCCUCAAAUUAAAACUGAGAGACUGCACUUUAAGUCCAUAAAGAAUGCUGUUCCAGAACUAGCCCGGCAUUUUUCUGGCCUUUCUAUUUUUGAGGCUUAUGAAUGGUUUGCACUUUGCGGUGAACCAUUUGUACUUGCUCUCGUGUAGUCUUCUCUUUAUGGUAGACUUGGAUAAUGAUCUGCAUACUUCCUGGAGAUUGUUCUUCACUUGACAUGAUAUUGUGAAGGAGUUUUUUCUUUACCAUGGAAAGAAUCCUACAAUCAUCCAAAUGCAAAUUCCAAACCUGGAUUUAACGGCAGGACUUUUACCUGUUUAAUUGAUGAAGAAAUAAUGAAGGGAUAGCCCACACCUGUCCAUGAAACAGAUUUUGAGUCAAUUGUACAAUUACUUUUGGUUCCUUGAAAAUGCAGAGGCUACAUAUUAAAGAGUUGUAAUUUCUAAACCCUUCAUCAAAUAUCAAUGCGAAUACCCUAAAAUAUAAACUGAGAGACUGCACUUUAAGCCCAUGUUUAUUAUUUAAGCAAAAACACUAUAUCACAAAGUGUACACCACAAGUGGAUAUAAAUAACAGUAAUAAUUUACCCUUAGAAUAUGUUGUAAAUUGUAAGAAGAUUCCGCAUAUCUUCUAUAUAAACCAUAAAAAUAUGCAAUCUAUAGAAAUGAAGAACGCAGAUAGUAUAAUACUUUAUUACACCAAAAGAAAAUUAAGAUGAUAUAAUGCAUUCCCAAAGGUACAAUUGUUUGUAGGCACGUAGAAAGGAUUUUAAAUAUAUGACCUUCUUAUUGUCUCUUACCUCACGUUCAAUACAUAAAGGAAAGAAGAGAAACAUGCACAUAGUGUAACAGUAUAAACAAAAUUAACAGCUUUAUUGAAGUUGCACUCAGAGGAUAAAAAAAACAUACAUUGCACAUCACAUAUCACAUAUAUUGCACAUCACAUAUCACAUAUAUUGCACAGUGAGCUGUUGGUGUGCAAUGUUUUCUUUUAUCCUGUGGGUGCAAUUUAAAUAAAGCUGUUAAUUUGUCUAUACUGUUACACUAUGUGUAUGUCUCUUUCAUUUCCUUUCAUGUAUUGAACGUGGGGAAAGAGAAGAUAAGAAGGUCAUAUAUUUAAAAGCCUUUCUACGUGCCUACAAUCAAUUAUACCUUGGCGAGUACAAUUGAUUGUAGGCAAUGUAUCACCUUAAUUUUCUUUUGGUGUAAUACAGUAUUACACUAUUUGUCUUCUUUAUUUCUAUAGAAUGCAUACUUAUAAUUUAAGUUGAAUUUAUUUUGGUAAACAUCCAAAAUAACAAAACAUUAAAAAAUAUUUCCAGACCUAACUGUAUACCUAACAACAUACUAUACCCAGUCUGUAUCUUCAAGUCUCAUAUACUUAAUAAUUCCUCCAACAUAAAAUAUUUUCCAUUCUAGCUACAUAGAGUUUCUAUUUUUAUCAAUGUGCAAAAUUGUUUUCUUUCAUGCUCCGCUACCUAUGAUGUCUAGACACUGGAUUAUAACAGGGCAAAUACAGAAUGUUCAGUUCAGACUGAUGUUUUUAUUAUGUUGUCAAGCUAGGCACUUGUUUAACCCCUUAAGGACUGAGGACAGCUCAGGACCAUCAUCGGCAUUUUUGCAUUGCCAACCGGUGACGGUCCUGAACCGUCCUAACGAUCUUAUGUACUUACCCGAUCGCCUUCGUUCCCCCGGCGGCGAUCGGCGAUGCUCCUGGUGUGGGGAGACUGCCUGCAGCCUAGACAGUCUCCCCAUGUCGGAUUAGGGCCCCUGGGGCCAUGUGAUCGCUCAACACAGCGAUCACAUAGUCACAAUAAGUGUCCAUGUGUCUGCCUGCAGGGGGACUGCCUGUGCUGACAGGCAGUCUCCCUGCUAGUGUAAAAUUAAAAAAAAAAUUAAAAAGUUAAUGUUAAUUUAAAAAAAAAUUAUAUAUGUGUAUAUAAAUAUGAUAUAUAGACAUUUAUUAUAUCUAUAUAUUUCUAUAUAUUAUAUAUAUAAUGUCAUACUAAGUGUAUUUUUAUAUUAAUAUGUACAUAUAUUAAUAUAAAAAUACACCUAUAAUUAAAUUACACGCGUAUAUAUAUAUAUAUAAUAUAUAUAAUAACUAUAUAUAUUGUAUAUAUAUUAUUAUAAAAUACAAAUAAUAAGUAAUUUAAAUUAAAUUAAAAAAUGUAAAAAUAAUAUCUACAUGAAAUUUUAUUCUAACUGUAUUUUGAUAUUAAUAUAUAUAUCUUUAUAUCAAAAUACACUUAGAAUUAAAUUGUAUAUAUAUCUAUGUAUAUAUAAAUAAAUAAAAAUAAUACGAAAUAUACAGAUGUCCAUAUACAAAAUUACAUAAAUAAUUAUAUAAAUAUACACGUAGACUUCAAAUAUAUAAAUAUGCUUAUAUAUUUAAAUUCUACGUGCGUAUUUAUGUAAUAUUUUUACAUAAUUAAGUAAUUUUAUUGAUUGCAAUUUGAGGGACCUGUCUGCCAAACCAGGCCAAAAGUCCAGAGAAUUUAAUUUGCUAGCACUGUAUUUUACCCUGUAACGUUCUACGACACCCUAAAACCUGUACAUGGGGGGUACUGUUUUACUCGGGAGACUUCGCUGAACACAAAUAUUAGUGAUUCAAAACAGUAAAACAUAUCACAGCGAUGAUAUUGUCAGUGAAAGUGACUUUGUUUGCAUUUUUCACACACAAACAGCACUUUUACUGAUGAUAUAAUUGUUGUGAUACGUUUUCCAGUGUUGAUACACUAAUAUUUGUGUUCAACAAAGUCUCCUGAGUAUACACAGUACCCCCCAUGUACAGGUUUUAUAGCGUUUUUGAAAGUUACAGGGUCAAAUAUAUGGGUCAAAUAUUUUUACAUUGAAAAUGGCCAGGUUGGUUACGUUGCCUUUGAGAGCGUAUGGUAGCCCAGGAAUGAGAAUUACCCCAUGAUGGCAUACCAUUUUCAAAAGAAGACAACCCAAGGUAUUGCAAAUGGGGUAUGUCCAGUCUUUUUUAGUAACCACUUAGUCACAAACACUGACCAAAAUUAGCAUUCAAUUUAGUUUUUUACUUUUUUCACACACAAACAAAUAUGAACGCUAACUUUGCCCAGUGUUUGCGACUAAGUGGCUACUAAAAAAGUCUGGACAUACCCCAUAUUGAAUACCCUGGGUUGUGUACUUUAAAAAAAAUAUGUACAUGUGGGGUGUUAUUCAGAGAUUUAUGACAGAUAAUAGUGUUACAAUGUCACUAUUGAUACAUUUUAAAAAUGUAUGUUUUGAAACUGCAAUAUCUUAUUUGUACUUAUAGCCCUAUAACAUGCAAAAAAAUAGCAAAAAAGCAUGUAAACACUGGGUAUUUUUAAACUCAGGACAGAAUUUUGAAUCUAUUUUUUCAUUCGCUUUUGUAGAUGAGUAAAAGAUUUUCCAAGUAAAAGUCAAAAACCAUGUAUUUUUUUAAAUUUUUCAUCAUAUAUUUUUAUUUUUUUUCAAUUAAAUUACAUGAGAUUAUAUAAAUAAUGGUAUGUAAAGAAAGCCCCUUUUUAUCCUGAAAAAAACAAUAUAUAAUUUGUAUGGGAACAGUAAAAGAGAGAGCGGACAAUUACAGCUAAACACAAACACCACAAAAGUGUAAAAAGAUGCCUGGUCACAAAUGUACAACAUCGCAAAAACAGUCCGGUCCUUAAGGGGUUAAAAAUAGAGAUUAGAACACAGAAAGUGGCCCAGUGCAUCUGUUAACAUACACAAGUAGAUUCAUUCAUGUUUUUUAUGCAUGAUUACAAUUACCAAGAGCUUCAUUAAACAUAUUGUAUUGCAAUUUUUUUUCCUUUAGUUGUCUCACCACUUUCUCUUGGAAGUGGGAGAGUACAUGAUAAAGAUAAGAAAUGUUUAGUUUUGAUGUACAAUCAUAAAUAAAAUCAAAACAAAUGUGUUUUCUUGAUGAUGUACCAGGUGUAUCAAAUCUCCUUAGAAAGGGUUGCCAGUUCAUGGUUUAAUAUACACUGCUCAAAAAAAUAAAGGGAACACUUAAACAACACAAUGUAACUCCAAGUCAAUCACACUUCUAUGAAAUCAAACUGUCCACUUAGGAAGCAACACUGAGUGACAAUCAAUUUCACAUGCUGUUGUGCAAAUGGGAUAGACAACAGGUGGAAAUUAUAGGCAAUUAGCAAGACACCCCCCAAUAAAGGAGUGGUUCUGCAGGUGGUGACCACAGACCACUUCUCAGUUCCUAUGCUGGUGGUGCUUUCACUCUAGUGGUAGCAUGAGACGGAAUCUACGACCCAAACAAGUGGCUCAGGUAGUGCAGCUCAUCCAGGAUGGCACAUCAAUGCGAGCUGUGGCAAGAAGGUUUGCUGUGUCUGUCAGCGUAGGGUCCAGAGCCUGGAGACGCUACCAGGAGACAGGCCAGUACAUCAGGAGACGUGGAGGAGGCCGUAGGAGGGCAACAACCUAGCAGCAGGACCGCUACUUCUGCCUUUGUGCAAGGAGGAACAGGAGGAUCACUGCCAGAGCCCUGCAAAAUGACCUCCAGCAGGCCACAAAUGUGCAUGUGUCUGCUCAAAUGGUCAGAAACAGACUCCAUGAGGGUGGUAUGAGGGCCCGACGUCCACAGGUGGGGGUUGUGCUUACAGCCCAACACUGUGCAGGACGUUUGGCAUUUGCCAGAGAACACCAAUAUUGGCAAAUUCGCCACUGGCACCCUGUGCUCUUCACAGAUGAAAGCAGGUUCACACUGAGCACAUGUGACAGACGUGACAGAGUCUGGAGACGCUGUGGAGAACGUUCUGCUGCCUGCAACAUCCUCCAGCAUGACCGGUUUGGCAGUGGGUCAGUAAUGGUGUUGGGUGGCAUUUCUUUUGGGAGCCGCACAGACCUCCAUGUUCUCCCCAGAGGUAGCCUGACUGCCAUUAGGUACCGAGAUGAGAUCCUCAGACUCCUUGUGAGACCAAAUGCUGGUGCGGUUGGUCCUGGGUUCCUCCUAAUACAAGACAAUGCUAGACCUCAUGUGGCUGGUGUGUGUCAGCAGUUCCUGCAAGAUGAAGGCAUUGAUGCUAUGGACUGGCCUGCCCGUUCCCCAGAGCUGAAUCCAAUUGAGCACAUCUGAGACAUCAUGUCUCGCUCCAUCCACCAACGUCACUUGGCACCACAGACUGUCCAGGAGUUGGCAGAUGCUUUAGUCCAGGUCUGGGAGGAGAUCCCUCAGGAGACCAUCCGCCAUCUCAUCAGGAGCAUGCACAGGCGUUGUAGGAAGGUCAUACAGGCACGUGGAGGCCAAACACACUACUGAGCCUCAUUUUGACUUGUUUUAAGGACAUUACAUCAAAGUUGGAUCAGCUUGUAGUGUGUUUUUCCACUUAUAUUUUGAGAUUGACUCCAAAUCCAAACCUCCAUGGGUUGAACAAUUUGAUUUCCAUUUUCUAAUUUUUGUGUGAUUUUGUGAUCAGCACAUUCAACAAUGCAAAGAACAAAGUAUUUCAAAAGAAUAUUUAAUUCAUUCAGAUCUAGGAUGUGUUAUUUUUGUGUUCCCUUUAUUUUUUGAGCAGUGUAUAUAGACAUCUAUGCAAAAUGUAUACAUCAGAAUGGUACUGGUUACCAGUUUCAUUGUUAAAUUGUUUUUGAGUGGAGCGUUCAGCUGAUGAUCUCAGCCUAUCACUGCACUCUGUCGUUGGUAUGAUUUGGUGUGACGUAAGGAGGAGUGUAACUGCAGAGUUGCAGGACUCCAACAUUUUGACAGAUUUUCACUGCUGUUUAACUUCACCAUGUUUGAUAUCACAUUAUGGCCUGGUAAAGACCCUAUUACUAGGUCAAAACAUUAAAAUGAAUUUAGAAGGAGUGCUGGACCACUUGUUUUUUAUCCUGAUUCGCUAUUUAGCAGUUCAGCAAUAUUUUAAAAGGAAACAGGGAAUGGUUCCUUGGGAAUACGGGCACCACAACUACCGUAUUUUCCGCCGUAUAAGACGACUGGGCGUAUAAGACAACCCCCAACUUUUCCAGUUAAAAUAUAGAGUUUGGGAUAUACUCGCCGUAUAAGACUACCCCUCUUCCAAUGCACACCAAAUAAAAAUUAGCCAUGAUGUACAGUGAGCAGACAGAGCUACACAGCAAGACAUUAAAUAAUGAUACUCUGAAAUAGUAUUUAAAGCCCAGGUAUGUGCCAUGCUGUUUGGGCAUAUAAUCCAUGCCUGCUGGUCUAGCACACAGGAGGCUAAUUGCGAUAUAUUCUUUUUACUCCCCCCCUCCAUUUUUUUACUCCCCCCCCAUUCUUUUUACUCCCCCUCCCCCCCAAUCCUCCCUACAUUCUUCUCACCUCCCCUUCCCUGUGCAGAUUGGGUGGCCGAGCUCCUCUUCGUCCUGUCAGUCCGGCCGGGUACCGUGCGGUACAGGAGAUUCAGUUACCUGUUCCCGGCCGGACUGUAAGGAAGUGAGCACUCAGUGUGGCCUUCCUUUCAGUCCGGCCGGGAACAGGUAACUGAAUCUCCUGUACCGCGUGGUACCCGGCCGGACUGACAGGACGAAGAGGAGCUCGGCCAUCCACUCUGCACAGGGAAGGGGAGGUGAGAAGAGAGGCAGUGCGGCAGCUGUCUGAGCGCUCUCUAUAGAGCACUCAGGGGGCUGCAGCAUUAGAAGGGCCGGCGAUGGGGGCGCAGGGAGCCAUAUAGACCCUAUACCCGGCGUAUAGGACGACCCCCGACUUUGGAGAAGAUUUUCCAGGGUUAAAAAGUCAUCUUAUACGCCAGAAAAUACAGUACUUAAAUGAGCUGAAGUGAUUUAUGCUGCCUAGAGUGUCCCAUUAAAGCAAUUUUUUUUUCUUUCUAAAAACACCUUAGACACAGCUGGGUAAUCCCUAAAUCCUGGACUGGUAGGAGGGCGGGGAGCAUGAGGGCUGGUUUGGGAACCACUGCUUUACAGGAACACUAUAGUCACCAAGACCACUUCACCUUAAUUAAGUGGUCUGGGUGCAGUGUUCUAUUUAUUUUAAGCUUGCCAUGUAAAACAUUGCAGUUUUUUAUAUUUUGUACAUGGCAGGGUUUAAUCCACCUCUAGUGGCUGUCUUCCUAACAACCACGAGAGGCAUUUUUUCCUCCAGACUGAGUAAAAGUCUGAAAAUCAAAUGCUGUUGAUAGCAGCAUUUGUUUGGAGGAGUGCGACGUUUGGCUGUGCAUGCACAUUUCCAAAGUAUUGCUUCUUUAUGUGAAGAAAUAGAUUGGAGGAGAUUCUGGGUGAUAUCAGUUGGGAUGCCGGCAUGGCCGGAGACGGAGUCACGGCACUGGAAAGGUUGUGAGUAAUCUCUCUUUUAAACUUUUAUUUUAGGCUUCAAAUGAGAGUGAGCAAAAGGUAACCUCUAGUCCUGAAAUAACUAUUGUUAUUUUCAGGACUAUAGGUUCCGUUUAAUAAUAAGAUUUAUGGCCAACCUAUUUAGUUAAUUUCAUGCAUAACAGUACAGGAGCCAUAGCAAAAAGAACAAGUAAGCAUGACAGUUAUUACAGAAUGAGGCUGGCUGUGUUAUAUUCACACGGUAGGUUUAUCAAAACAACGUGUAUAAUGUAAAUCCAAGUUUUAUUUUUUUUUAUGCACUCAGCAUUUUUUUAUCGUCAGCGUUGUAUUCGAAAAAGAAAAAUAUAAUGCCAAGUAGUUGUCUCAAUUAAAGUAAAUAUUCACUAACAUUAUGGCUUUGAUUUAAUAUUGUUAGAUACGUUUAGAAAUAAUUUAAUAUUUUUGGGUAAUUAAAAUUAUUCUAAAAUAAAUUUAGAAUUCUAAAAUACGUUUAGAAUUCAUUUAAUAUUUUUGGAGAUUAAAAUUAUUGUUUCACCAUUUUAAAAUAUCAAAACAAACACGUUAAAAAAAAAAUCUAAAUAUUUCAAAGUUAAAAUAGUUUUCAAUUAUUAAAUCAUUUAAAAAAAAUUUCCAAAAUAUUAAAUAAUUUGCUAAACUUAUUCAACAAUAUUAAAUCGAGGCCUAUGUUCUGUGCGAAUUUUGUUUUCCUGUAUCCACAGACUCAAAAUAAGACUGACUAGCAGAUUUUUAAAUUGCUUUUAUCUUGAUGAGUAGUGUCUACUUGAUAACAAUGCUUCUGUUACAGUUUCAACCAUAGCAGUAUCCAGGGCAACUAAUGAAUACUUACAUUUUUUCUUACAAACAUCUGUUUCCUUACAACUACAUUAAAUUAGUAUGCAAUGCCAAUUUCAUUGUUUUUAGCUAAACUGCACCUCCACUGUUUCAUGAGUGGAGGUGUUAUAUGCGAAUUCAUGUAGGAGCCUGUCUGGUUGGUAUAGAAUAAGCAACACGAUGGCCUCGAUUUAAUAAGCUUUCCAAAUGACACAAUACUAUUAGGCAACAUUCCAAAUGAUUUAUCUACAUAACUCCCCAAUAAAGUCUGGAAAUUUAGAAAGUGUUCUAACAAUAUUGAAUGUUAGGCUGAAAAAAAUCACCACAGGGUCUGGCAACCCUUACGCUGCUAUGGAUUUAUGCACUAACACGUUUCUGCUUUCCUUGUAUCUGUGUAAUCCGCUGCUGGGAAUACUCAAAGAAGUCACAGAAUUUCAUAUGGAUUACUAAUAAGCAUUCAAAGGUUUAAUGCGUAGUACAUCGUAUAUAUAAAAUACAGUUUGUCUAGGGGUGUAUACAUCAAUGGCAAUAUCAUCCAAUCAUAGGAGUCUCAGAACAGAACAUAAUUAGUUAGCUGUUAGUUACUUUCUUGUUAAUGGAUAUAAGUGACAGUAUGAGAUUCGGAAUCUAGCUACAAUUUGAAGUUGCUAGAAAGAAUGCUAUUUUUUCCAAGUGCAGAAUGUUUAUAAAAGAUAGCUGGCUCAAGGACACAAGAACGGAAACCGAUUGUAUCAGGGGCGGGCUGGGCCAGGGGGCAGGGAGGCAAUGGCCCCCCAGGCCGCCCUAAAUCAUUUUAAAACCGUCCGCUGCAGGGCUGAUUCUAAUGCUGCAGCCGCCUGAGCACUCUAUAAAGAGCCUCAGGCGAUUGCAUCGCUGCUUCUCUCCUCCCCUUCCCAGUAGCGUGGCCGAGCUCCUCUCAGGUUCUCAGUGCCCGGCCGGAGUGGUAGGAAGGUGCACACUCAGUGUGCACUUCCUGUCAGUCCGCCCGGGUAGAGGAAACAGAAACUCCUGUACCGUGCGGAGUUUCUGUUUCCUGUACCCGGCCGGAUUGACACUAAGUGCACACUGUGUGUGCACCUUCCUAUCACUCCGACUGGGCACCGCGGACCGGAGAGGAGCUCGGCCACGCUGCAGGGAAGGGGAGGUGAGGGGGGGAGUAACAGGUGAAUGGGGGUGAGGCAAGAAGAAGGGGGUAAGAAGAAGAGGGGGGUAAGAAGAAGAGGGGGGGUAAGAAGAAGAGGAGGAGAAGAAGAGGGGCAAGAAGAAGAAGGGGUAAGAAGAAGAGGGGGGGAAGGAUGGGGGGAGGUAAGAAGAACAGGUGGGGGAGUAAGAAGAAGGGUAAGAAGAACAGGUGGGGGUAAGAAGAAGAAGGGGGAGUAAGAAGAAGAAGGGGGUAAGAAGAACAGGUGGGGGGAGUAAAAAGAACAAGGGGGUAAGAAGAACGGGGUAAGAAGAACAAGGGGGAAGUAAGAAGAACACAGGGAGGAGGGGGUAAGAAGAACACAGAGAGGGGUGGGAGAGUAAGAAGAACACAAGGAUGAGGGGGUAGAGUAAGGGUGAGGAGAAGGGGAGAUGAGGAGAACGGGGGGACUGAGAAGAAUACAGGGAGGGUGGGUGGUGAGGAGAACACAGGGAGGAGAGGGGGUAAGAAGAACACAGGGAGGGGGGAGGUGAGGAGGACACAGGGAGGAGAGGGGGUAAGACGAACACAGGGAGGGGAGGUGAGGAGAACACAGGAGGGGGGGGAGAGGUGAGAAGAACACAGGGGGGGAGAAGAACACAGGAGGGGGGGAGGUGAGAAGAACACAGGGGGUAAGGAGAACACAUGGAGGGGGGGAAUGAAGAACACGGGGUGUUUCCUGUACCCUGCCGGACUGACAGGAAGUGCACACUGAGUGUGCACCUUCCUAUCACUCCAGCUGAGAAGAGCACAGGAAGGGUGGGUGAGUGUGAGAAGAGACCACAAGGGGAGGGUGGGGGAGAGGAGAGACCACUAAGGGGCAGGGAAGAGCUCUAAGGGACAGAAGGGAGAGCUCUAUAGGACAGGGGGCAGGACAGGGAGCUCUUUCACACUACGCUCACACACACACACAUAAUGCAUCCCUAUACAUACACAGAAACACAACAUGCUUCCCAUACACACAGAGAAACACACAAUGCAUCCAUUACACACACACAAUGCAACCCUUACACACAAAGACAAUGCCUGAGAAGUCUACCAUCAACCAAUCCCAAAAUAAUUGUUAAAUGACGCAUGUCCCUUUAAGUUCAUGCACUCUUAAAAAUACAAAUUCAUGUAUCAGUUUGUCAUUGGAUAAGAUCAAACAAAUCGGAAAUCAUUCAUUUGGUGCAAAGCUACAUUAUAAUUAAUACAAUAUUAGCAGCUGCUUACGUAUGCCUUUUUUAUCAUUUUUUAUCUUUUUUUUUAAAUCAUUUUUUUAUAAUGUAUUAAAGGAGCAUCCAUUGCACAAUAACAACGUAUGCUCCUUGCAUGGGAUAUGAGGCAAGGAGGUUCCCUGUGUUAUGGAUAUAAAUUAAUGUAGGUACAAUGUUACCAAGUAAACUAACUCUUAUGUCUGCUUCUUUUUUAGAAAGGCAAAAUAAUAAUUAAAAAAAAUUACGACUUUCAUUUAACAUGUAUGAUAUAUUGCAGAAUAUAUGUGUAUAUUGUAAUUUGGUUUGUGUUACUAUAGCAUGAAAUUAACUCAAAUGAUAAGUAAUUGUUCCAAAUGAUGACCUGUGUCAUUGUAAAUAUAGCACUACCAUUGGAGAAACAGGUAAUAAAGUAAAUAGGAGAUUGGAAGUAAAGUUAAUAGGACUUUACUUUCUCUCCUAUAUUUACUGUUCUCUCCUACAUUUACUAUUCUAAAGGUAAAUAUUCUUUAAAAUAUUUAAAAUGUGUUAUCUAAGCGUAAAUACAAUAAACAUGGACGGGUCAACUGCAGUCUUGAUUCUCCCUUUAAAGGAACAUUACAAACGCCAUGAUCACUACAGCUCGAUGUAGAGGUUAUUGUGCCAGAAGUGCCCUGGCUCUAGCCCCAUGAUAAGGAUUGAAGCCAUUUUUGAAUGGUUGGACUUCUUACCUGAGGUCCUCUGGGUGUCGCUUUCCACCUCUAUUACUAAUACCAGUGAGAGCUUCAGCUCAGGCUCUCAUCCAAUCACCGCACUAGAAAGGACGUUUCCUCAAACAUAGAUUUGCGGGAUUCCAUUCGCUAGUGAACUGGUCUAUGUUCGGGGGAAUUCCGCCGAAUGUAGACCUGCUUUCUAGCACAUGCUUGCUACCAUUUUCCCCAGAAAUAAGACAUCCAUUGAAAGGAGCCUUAGUGCAUUUUUAGGGGGAAAAUUAAUAUAAGACCCGGUCUUAUUUUCGGGGAAACACGGUAGUGUGAGGUCUUAUGAAUCAUAUAACAUAUACUUGGGGUAGACGAACCUCGGCACUCUAGUUGUGUUUUACUACAUCAACCUGGAUACAUUGCCACCAUUAUGGAUGUAAGAGCUUUAUGGGAGAUGUAGUCCAUCACAUCUGAAGUGCCGAAGAUUUCUUACCUCUUAUAUACACAAUAGAGUUAUGCAGUAAAAUCCAUUCAGAUGCACAGAGACUGCUAUAGAAAACUUUGCAGAUGGUUCUCAGCAAUCUAUACUCUUCCAAUACAUGGAUUUUCAAGAAUUCUGUCCAUCAUUUGGAAAUACUUUUAUUUCUAGUUUUGUAAAACAUACCACCAAGUUGUACCCAAGAAAAUAACCUGUAUAUCUGGAAUCAUGGUGUUUACUAUAAUGAUUUGCCACCCAGCUUUUUGUCUGAGCAAAAAUAUAGGAUACGAAAUUUUACGAAAUUUAAAUAUUUGUAAAUGUGCUUCUGUAUACUCUUGGUGAUCACUGGCAUGUAGCAUACUUAGCUACAACUGAACAUUUUACAUUUCAUUUCCUUGCUCGCCUGCAGAUGUUUAGUUAUAUUGUGCACUAAUGUACCCGCUAAAUUACUCUGCCAUGUGUAGGUGUUGUGUUCAUCCUGCUGGGAUGUUUUGCUGUUUCAACAAUAACAAGCAAUAUAUUAUUUUGGUAUGAAAUAUUUAGAGCAACGUCCUCAAUACAUGUCACAUUUUUAUUAGGGUAAGCAUGAGUCAUACAUAGUAUUUGUGGAAAAGGAGAGCAAUUUCAUUAUAGUCUCUUUGGAAAACAUAUUUGUGUCACUGUGUUCACAAAUUUAAUUUCAGCUUAAAGGUCUUGUCUACAAUUUACAUUUUGAUUUAUUUUUAAAGGGACACACAAGGUACACUAGACAAUAUAGUGGUUAUGGUGCCACGUUUCCAUGGGUGCGUCUAUUAGUAAUCUGUCAAAACAUUUAGAAACGAUUUGACACUCAAUGAAGUGGCAUGGGUGCAGUUCCCCUGUUUUUUUAACCCUGCAAUGUAAACGUUUUCAGUUUAGGCAAUGUUUCCAUUGUAAGGCAAAACCUACCUCUAGUGGUUGUCUUCACGAAAUCCACUAGAGAUGCAUCUGCUUUGACAAACAAGGCAGACUGGGCUAUCACAGGUUAGCUUCUCAUUGAGAAGGUUAGCAAUGCUCUUCAAUGAGGAGAAUUGGAUUGGACGAGAAGAUGAACAGUCUUCGCUGAAAAAAAGGUAAGUAAUUAUCUAAAUCAUACCUAGAAUCAUAAAUUCUGUGGAGAAUACUGUAGCAUUAGGAAUACAGGUUUGUAUUCCUAAUGCAAUCGCGUUCCUUUUAAAUCAUUUGGCAUAUAUCCAGUUAAAGCAAAAAAUAAUAAUGUUGUUUGAUCAGAAGGAAAUUUCAUACAACUGACUACCCUAUCCACAUAUAAUUACAUGGCAGUGUAGCCUUAAAGAAGAAUUUUUGGAGUCUGAUACAGUAUAGUGUCGGGAAAUAAUUCUGAAAUCAGAUUUAAAAACUGAUGUGUGUGAAUCAUCAACCCUGGUUUGAUAUGGGUUUCUAGAAGUAGGAAUACUUUCAGUCCAAUGCUAGUUAGCUUCUCAUCUCCGGGAAUGAUAAAUGCAUCAUAUCAGAACUUCACUUAAGUCCCAUCUUGUCAGUUCCCACCUCACAAGCUGGUUUCCACCAGUCCAUUCAAUUUACUUUCCAUAAUAUAUCUGUUCACAUCAGUUACCUACGCCUGUCUUAUCCAUAUAAGUAGAGCUUAUCUUCUUUACACUAUUCAAUAUCUGACUCCAUUGUUCAAUCUCUAAAGAGCAAGCAGACACAGAGUUCCACUUCACUGUUCUCCUUAACGCCACUGGUGGCAUCAGUGCUGUAGAAUCACUGUCACUAGGUUAUAUCAAUCCACACUUACUAAUGCCUUCAAAAUAACUGGAUCUCUUGUCUUCUGAUGUUUAUAGAAAAGUACAAUUAAUAUUCAGUAAUCAACCGUAACAUAAUCUGAACUAGAGCAAUGGCACAUUAAAUUUGUGAUAUGUAAUAUAUAGCAUACAUCCUAACAGUGGAAAGUAUGCAAUCGGGACAGGGUGAGAGGGGCAUCACCAGUGAUGUCAACAUUGUGACUGUCCCAUGGAAAGCGGCAUAGUUGGUAGGUAUGAGAUAGGCAUUUGAAACUAAAAUAAAAAACGCAACUUGGGGGGGGCAGGGCCUGACCAGCAUGGCCGACAGAAGUGUAUGCAGAGAGCUCUUCUCACAAACCAAGCUUAAACUAACGCAAAACAGGAUGCAACCCCAAAAACAGCAACCAAACAGUCAGUACACUGUACCUAUGCGAUGGGGGUCACCCACAGACUACUCCGGAGACUCGCCUGCUGAAUUGCAGCCAAGAGAUGCGUCUGAGGCCUACACGUAUGGAGGGGCUCCCGGGGGAGAAUACGGCCGAUCCUCCAACCUGAGGCCACCGGGCUAAUACAAGCGAGCCGUUCCCCUCCCUCUGGACCGGUGGGGGUCAUCCCGGUCCCUGCUGGGGAAACAGCAGCAGACCAUCAAGCCACACCGCCUCUUCCCGCUCCCUGGCCGCAACCAACACGGCCGACGGAGCAGGGAAACACGAUGCAGCAACCUGGGAAACCAACUUUAAUGCUGAAUUCUAUAGGAUAUGUGCAGCGUUCUGGCGCCAGAUUGCAGCCCGCACAGAGCAGACGCAACCGCAUACCACCCCUACCUUGCAGCUCCAGACAGCAACCAUCCCUUCUUCUGAGCGGGGCACUCAUGUGGAGGCACCUCUCCUAAGCCAGCCAAACAUCCGGGGAGACAUCCGCAAACGGGAGAAACCCGGGGCCCACGACCCUCGAAAAGGGACCGAUGGCAGGACGGCACGAGUGCCCCUUAAAGCUUCAGGCCGAAGGCGUGUAGCAUGCUGACAUCACGGGGCCGGGAACAGCUGGAAAAGACCAACACCCAGGUCAGCCAAAAGAUCCCACGCCACGGAAGGUCUGUCUGGCGAAGCACUGCUGACCCAUACUCACACACGGGUCAGACAGAGCCCCCCCCACACGACCGGAUGACCAGACCUCCCGGGGGCCUCCACACUUUCCCACCCUGCGGAGUGGGUUGAAAACAAGCAUCAACGCUCGAGCCCAGAUCCAAACGGAACCACAUACAGCCCCAAACAACCGACCCGGAACUGGAGGUUUUCCUCGCAAUAUGACUCCAUAACAUAGCAAUACACAGCCCUGGACUCGCACCCCCAAAGUGUCUUGAUGCCACAAACGGGCACUGUAAUCUCAGGGGACUUAGAAAUGUUUUUGAUUGCAUAUGAACCCUGUCCAGUAUGUUCAGUACUCAAAUGUUUUCCCUCAUCUUUAUAUCUACCUACCCAAUCCCCUGCUCCUAAAGGCAAAAGCGUUACAGCACUAACCAUAACAAACUCUCCAACCCAGCAGACAUCUCACACUGCAUACAUAUACAGUACACCUAAGCCUUGUUCCAACCUGAUAAUCACCACAAAUAUGUUUACAAUUCCGCACAGGGGUUAGAAAAGAACCCUACCAUAAGCCUGUUUAUAUCUUUAACUGUUUAUCUACCUAACCUGCGACUUGUUUCCUUCUUCUCUAUAAAAUAGAAAAUGGUACAUGUAAUAACAGAUACCCCUAUUGUAAGCAUGACAAUACGCAUGAGAAUGCCAUUGGGGUACCUCAUGCCUGCCUGUAAUAAUUUUAUGCACUGCAAAAAUACAAAAAAACAACAAAAAAAACAAACGUAACUUUGAAAAUGAAAAGAAGACAUAAACAACAUGAAGAAAAAAAGUGUGAACAUAAAAUAAAAAAGAAGUUAAAAGUACAUGAAAGAGUUACUCCAAACAUUUAAGUGCUUUGAAGUGGUCAUGGUGCCUGGAAUCUGUAUGUUCUGCAUUUUAGAAUGGAACGUACAUACAGAGUAUUACCCCCUUUGCUGUUUGUUUAAGUCGACCUCCACCAGCCACUGUCAAUUCUGUGCACAGUAUAUCAUUGGGCUGAUAAAUGGUGACUGGAAUGGCUUUUGGCUUUCACAGAUCUGCAGAAUCCGGAAGUGCAUCAUCCAGCAUGACAGAAGCCAGAGCCUGGCGAGAGUCCAGGAAAGAGAGCAAACCGUUGCUAAUCAGAUGCCAGAAGAACUGGGCCAGGGCAUCUUAACCACUGCAUUGGGCUGUAUAUCAACUUAAUAUUGUUUUAUAUUUUUGAGUGGUCUGAAAAUAUAGCUUACAUUAACUGCAGUACUAGUUUCUGCAGCUACUGUUGCAGUUGUAAGCCUUCUUUUUAUCCAACCCAGACUUGAGAAACAUCUGAUCAAACAAAGUCCAUCACAGAUGGGACAGAUCUCUCAUUGAGAAGAUUUGCCAACACAUCAUCAUGCAUGCAUAUGACGAGCCAGCUUUUUGGAAUAGCAAGUUUGCAUUGUUUGAUUAGAAAGCUUCGAAAGCGACUCUGCCUCUUCCAUGUUGAACUAUAUUUCAAAGCAAGCAAAACAAAGCCACUUCUAGCUGUCUCACUGACAGCUGGGAAGGUGUGAAAAAGUUAUUUUAUAAAAGCACUACAUUUUCUUCAAAUAGACACUUUUAUUAAAUAAGCCUGCAGGGACAGACAAAUGAACCCUAAAAUAAGUCAGGAAGUUGAAAUGCUUUAUAUGCUUGUAGUAUUUCUUUAAUUAUUAUUUUAUUAUUAUCUUAUUAUUUAUAUAGCGCCAUCAGAUUCCGUAGCGCUCAGCGCUAGUUAUUAGGUACUGAUGUCAGCAUUAUGUCAUUGGGGAAGAGAAUAUUUCUCAUGGAAUCCCUGUGUUACAGAAUAAGACUGUGUAAUGGUAUGGGCAUAUUAUAUUUGUGUUAGCGCACAGUUCCAGAAAAUAGCAUCUGCUGUGUCCUUAUCAUUGGCCAUAUAUUUCAUUCAUCAAAUGACAAUAUUUUAAACAUUAUUACAUGUUCUUUACCAUUACUAAUAAUAAAAGUACAUGUUUUCUUAAUGAAACAUUCUACCUGUAUAUAACUUGUUGCAAAUUUACGGUUUAGUACCAACCAAUAUUUAUAGUGUGUUUAUUAGCCUUCCAUGUUAAACGCCACAGUUAAUCAAUAGAUUCACUAUGUAUACGGAUGCAUCAAAUGACUCUUCCUGUGACCCCUUAUUGAAUAUCAGGCAGAUAAAAUUUAAACAGUUAUUGAUCAUGCAUUUGUAAAUAAUGAAGUAAUUGGUUGAGAUGUGGUGAGAUGUUUCUGAUAACCUUUACACAACUAAUCCUUUACCUUAUUACGGGCCUGCUUGUUCCUAGAUAUGUACAGAUAUUCUGGCAUUUAUUUAUAUACAAAAAGCACAUGCCUGUCUGUACGUGUUACACAGAAACAUGGAUGGUGAUGAUUCAUACAGUUCGAUGAUAUCUCACAUUUACAUGAACAUUUCACUUUGCUCACUAGACUUGUAUAGAUUUACAGUUGCCUGCUAUUAGCCAUCAUCUCUUUGAAAGAUCAAUACUUUUUGAAUCAGAAUUGACAAAAAAAAAAAAAUCAAAGCAAGAUUAAUAUUUACCGCUUGUCAAUAUGAUACAACAGAGGAAUAUUGGCACUUCUAGAUGAUGAUGUGUGGCCCUUUACCUCUUCUGGGAUUAUCAUAUUAAUUUAGGUCUGAAUGUAAGAUAAGUUUUUAUUUUUAAUUCCAAAAAUGUGUAUGAUAUUACACAAAUUCACAACACACAAAAGAUCACCAUUGUGAGCUGAUAUUAAAAGUUUGAGAUGAGGGUAUUUUUUUGAAACUAGAACCUAAAAGAAGCUAUUACAUGUGUUAUUCAUUUUUAUCCAUGUAUAUUUUAAUAUCUGAAUACAAAAAAAACAUAUGCUGUGAUCAGGGCUGCCAUCAGAAAUGUUGGGGCUGCUUACACUGCUCAAGGUCUGGGCCCCUGAGUCUGCCCACAGAGUCUACCUUGAGUCCACCUUGAAAUGCAGUGUGUGUGUGUGUACUGGAUGCAGUGUGUGCGUAGUAAAUGAAGUGUGUGUGUAGAAAAUGAAGUCUGUAUGUAGUAAAUGAAGUAUGUUUAGUGAAUGCAAUGUGUGUGUAGUAAUACAGUGUGUGUAAAGUGGAUGAAGUGUGUGUGUGUGGGGGGGGAGGGGGGGAUGGAGAGAGUGUGUGUAUGUAGUGGAUGCAGAGUUUUUGUAUAGUGGAUGCAGAGAGUUUGUGUAAGAUGCUAGGGAUGGAGGGCACAAUAAUAAACCACACAUAGAAAAGGUAAGUAUGAUUAGAAUGUAUACUUAGUCACUAGUUAGAGUGUGUGUGUAGUGGAUGCAGUGUGUGUAUAGUGGGUGAUGUGUGUGUGUAUAAAGUGGAUGCGGUUUGUGUAGUGGAUGCAGUUUGUGUGUAGUGGAUGCGGUGUGUCGUGGAUAUAGUGUGUAUAGUGGAUACAGAGUGUGUGUUUGUGUUGUGAAUGCAGAGUGUGUGUUUGUGUAGUGGAUGCAGUGUGUGUAGUGAGUGCAAUGUGUGUGUAAUGGAUACAGUGUGUGUAGUGGAUGAUUAGUGUGUGUGUAGUGAAUGCAGAGUAUGUGUUUGUGUAUUGGAUGCAGUGUGUGUAGUGAGUGCAAUGUGUAAUUGGAUACAGUGUGUGUAGAUAUAGAUACAGAGUUGAAAUCUGAAGAUUGUUUGCUGGGCCCCCUCUUCACUAAACAGGCAGCUGGGGGCCCACAUAAUCUCCAUUUAUACUGCCCAGUACAGCUACAUUGGCUGUACCCCCCUGAUGUCAGCACCGUCUGUGAUUAGCCCCUGGUUGGUUACUGUGAUUACGGCAGUGUGGUGAAAGUGGCCUCACCACUGGUUUUUGGAGGGGCCUGGUUGCCCGCCUUCUACCUUUUGACUGUGGCCCCUGGGAGAGUUUGCCCUUUAUAAACAUUGUUUGGGCUUAUUUGAUUUUGGGACACCUUUUCUGCCCCUUUGAAUCUAUGGGAAGGUGUGCCUCUUCCCCUCCCCCCGAUUGUUCUCCAGCAGGGCCUUGUCCCAGGGACCCUGCCAGACCAGACAAGUUUAAACUGGCUGCUUUGUACCUCCUCGGUCAAAAAAAGGACUUCCAACUAACUUUUUAACUACUAAAGGGAAUUGUCUGAAUUUUGGAUAUGUUUAUAUUUGAAGUGUGCUGAUUGAUAAUAUUUAUGGAGAUUGGAUGUAUAUUUUAGAAGUUAUAAGAAUUGUGUAAAACUGUAUUUUCCUGCCUGUGAUAAUUACAUUAACCCAUUGUGUACAGUAAUUAUAUCACAGGCAGAGGGGAGGAUUUGUUUGUCCUGACUGGGAGUGUUUAACUGUAUUAUAGUGUAUUUGAUUGGCUGUGCUACAAAACCAUGUGGGUGGUAACAUUGUGUAAAAAUGUGUAUAUAAGAAACAAUAAAGCCCCAGCUCAGUCUGUUCCUGUUUACACUCCAAACUGUGUGUCGUCCAGUUAUUGGAAGGAAGAAUAUUUGCUCCUGUGUCUGCUGUUCCAGCUUGCAGGAGAUUCAACGGGGAAAGUCCUUGUAAGGACUAGAGCUAAUUCCCCAUUCGCUUCCAGAGUUCCCAGGACUGAGUAGCGUCCAGUGCCUGGAGGUGUCUGCUGGAGUGCUUGGAGCCCUCAGGAAGUGCUAGGAGCAUCCUUCAACGGAGGUACCCAGUCAGGGUGCCGGGUGAUCUGUUACAUUGGUGGCAAGUGGUGGGAUGGCGUCCUAGCGCAAGGAGCAGCACCUUGGUAUCGUAUGAGAAUCUAUUGAGGGCAACGCUAGCCUCUGUGCAGCGUCCCUACCUACAGCAAUAUGGAGGAGAAGUUUCUCGACAGAUUACAUGGCGUCCUAGCCCAGAGGGAUUGGGCAGUCUCAGAAGAGGAGAUGUGUGGGCACAGAAAUGAGGCCAGAGCCGAACUAUGGGAAGAAGCCCGGGAGGAAGUCCAGUAUUGGCGAGGUGAUCGUCCACUCAGCAGAAGGAAGUGAAUACAUGCCCGAAUGGAAGAGCGGAUCCCUGUCUUGGGUAAACAACCCCUAGGAGCGUGGGUGACUAGACUCGAGAUUCUAGUAUAUGCAGAACUGCUCGACAACGCAUACCAGGCGAUACAGUGGUACGCAGCUCAGUGUGUCCCAGAGAUGGCAGAGUAUGAGUUCCUGGAGGGUGGGGAUUACGAUGGCCCUGGCCUAUUUUGGGAUAAUAUUGACGAUGAGGACUUCGUUAAAGCUACCGACUCUUUUGUUUUUGGGACCUGUAUUACGACUGGGAAGACAUGCUGGGUCCCCCUAGCACUAUGGACCUCGAGGCAGACCUGCGGGAUCUGGUCACCAAGGAAUGGAACCUGGAGUGGGAUUACCUGCAACUCAUCAAUGGGAGAGACAACCGGUCCUCUUCCCCAACAGCAACUAGAGGUACCCGAGGUAGCAGACCUCAUAGAGAGCAGGCAGGUGGAGAUGGGACCGAAGUCUCUCUACCAGCCCUACAGAGAUGCUGGGCAGUCGGCCCAGAUGUCCAGCGGCAGUGUGUACCCUUGGGAGAGGAGACAGUCGGUCUCCCUCCCCAUCAGCCAAGUGUGUUACAGGGAGUGGAGACAAUUGGUCCCACUCCCCAGCCUGCUGUGCGUAUCGCAGGGAGAGAAGUGUGUUGUCCUUCCCCCCUCAGUGGCAGAGUGUAUUAUUGGGAGAGGAGACAGUCGGUCUCUCUCCCCAGUGGCAGUGUGUAUCCUUGGGAGUGGAGACAACCAGUAUGUUUCCCAGGGAGCUGAAGGUGUCGUCCUUCCUCCCCAGAGUUCCCAGGACUGAGUAGCAUCCAAUGCCUGGAGGUGUCUGCUGGAUUGCUUGGAGCCCUUAGGAAGUGCUAGGAGCAUCCUUCAACAGAGUUACCCAGUUGGGGUGCCAGGUGAUCCGUUACAGGCAGCCUUAAUGGUAAAAGUGGACAAAAACUUCAAAGGCUUAUCUUGUAUAAUGACCUCCGUGUUAUCACUGAUCAGUAACUCAUUAUUUAUUCAAAUACCUUGAAAUGUACAUUAUUCAGAGAAGAUUCAGUUAUUGCAUUGCUUUACACACCAGAAACUUUCUUCCUCUGUUGUUUUCUUUUUUCUAUGAUGCCACCUACAACCACAAUUAUUUAUUUACUGGAGUCGUAUUAGUUUCACUGUAAAGAUUAAUAAGAAAACAAUAGAAAAAAUACUUUGAGUCUUAACAACAUAGCUAACUUUUUAAGCUACAGUCGGUGUUCAUUAAAUAGUCAACUUGCACAGAGUUGUGGAACAAAGAUAAUAUAUUCAGCUGCUUCCAGAACUACAGAGUAAUAUCUGUAAGAUAUGUGGUGUAAUCAAACAUCUCCAACACAGUGCAAGCAUUAAAGGAUUUACAGUGGCUUUACUAGGGUGGUGUUACCAAGUGCAGUUAUUUAUGAAGAAACCCCGUAUUGACCUCCUCCUGUACCAGACCAUGAGAUCACUGGUGGUCUAUUGGUGAGCUCUUCUGGUGUGCACAUUCACUGAAUGCAGACAUUGUAUAUUCUUGUUGCGAGUUCCAACUUUCUGAUAGUGUCACCAUGAUGUUACCUGGGUAAUGCCCCGAUACUAUCUGUGAUAGUGACGGAGCGAACAAAAGGGAUAUGAAAGGCCUAUACCCAAUGAAGGUGCAGACCAGAAGGUCCCUGGGCCUUGUGGAGUGGGUACACUGGGCUGGUGACAGACAUCUUUAAUGUGCAAUUUCACUUGCUAAAGUAAUAAUAAUGACUCAAAUAAAAUAUUUUCUUAAUAGGAUCCAAAGAGUUUUAGUUUUAAGUUGCGGUAGUUGUUAAAACUAAAUUUUAGAAGUGCAAAAUAGAUAAAGGCUUUUUUGUAAUAAAUUCAGUGGAAUCUGGGAGGGUAUUAUUUUUCAGACUUGGAACAACUUGUCUUAAAGGGGAACUGCCCCUUCCCAGCAUUUGCAAUAUUAUGUUUACUUAACCCCUAGGUUUAACAAACAUGUUUGUGCGUUCUGAAUGUAAAAAUGGAAUGCAGAAAUUCACACUGCUGUAUUUACCUCUAUGUUGGAACAGAGCAUUUCCAAAUGUUAUAGGUGAUAUUCAGUGUUUUAUAUUCCAAAAAAAGUGACGGUUCCCCUUGAAAAUUGAGCUCUGGCUGUUGAUAAGUGGGCACUUGGUAUUCUUGAUUCUAAUGAACUUGCUUAUUGAAUGCACCUAUUGGUAGUAUACUAAACCAGUAUACCUGGGGGCCUGCUUGUGUAUGCAUGUACCUGUAUAAUGAUAGCUGUCAGUUUGUAGGCCUUGUUUGCUAUGACUGAUACGUGUUAAAUAAAUGGUUGAUGCUGGGAUUAUGCAGCUAUUACAAUCUAUUAUUAGUGGUACUUGUUUGAAAUAAAAGUUGGAAAAUUCAAAAGAACACUAUAGCGGUAGGAACGCAGCUUCUGCUUCCUGUGAUGUCUUCCUCAUCCUAUUUUAUGCUUCUUAUAGAGAAUUAAUGGGUAUGAGAAGCACAUGCCUAGCAAGCACCGUGCUCAUCCAAUAAAAUGCUUCUUAUAGCAAAGCGCUGAAUCCAAUGUUUCCAUAUGUAGCCUUUAGAAGACGUUCAAUAUUGUUAUGCAAUGCAUGAGGACCUUGAACUUCACACAAAACUGGGUCUGACUCUGUUCCAUAGUAGCUGAACUACCUUCUAGUGAAAGACAGCCAUGAGAGGUGUUUUUAGCCCAGCAAUGAAAACAUUGCCUUAUGUACAAAACGGCAAUGGUUUACAUUGCAGAAUGUAAAUAACAGGGCCCCUGAGAUGAAGUCAUUUGGGUGCUUGUAGUGGUCCUAUAGUAUGGCACUGUUUUUCAUAAUGGUAUAUAUAUAUAUAUAUAUAUAUAUAUAUAUACACACAAAUGUAAGUAGUUUGGCACUCUCCUCCUCUAUAUUCUAAUAUAUCUCCCUGGGUGCAAUCUGUGAUGCGUCCAAUAUGUAAAAAGAUAAGAAUCCACGAUGCACUCACACGACUUGGUGAAACAAUAACCUUGAAAAAGACCCGCAGGGGUCGAAACGUCGGUUAGUUCGUUUUGCAUUAUGCACAUAAUUUAAAUAAAUUAGAGAAUAUUGUUUCACCAAGUCCUGUGAGUGCAUCGUGGAUUCUUAUCUUUUUAAAUAUAUAUAUAAAGCCAAUAGAACUACACUGAACAAUAGAAACAGGCCUUUUGUGUACAUGGAAAACGUCAUAGAUCUUUGAGUUCAGCUCAUGAAAAAUGAGGACAAAAACAAAAGUGUUGCAUUUAUAAUUUUGUUCAGUGUAUAAUUUAACAAAAAUACUAGCACAAAAUAAGGACCACUUUGUCAAAUGGACAAGUCAUUUUUUGGCAUAUUUUGGAAAAAGGUUAAGUUUUAAAUAGUUUUUGGCUGUCCCACAUUUUGCUGUUUCCCAUCAGUCAUCACUUCAGCACCUGAUAGAAGCAAUCAUAUUGUAAUGAUAGUCAGGACAUGACAAUGGCACCUAAAUUUAAAAGAUCCUUGAAGAAUCUUGCUUAUGUUCUUCAGUAGACCUCCAUUUUGUUCUCAUAAACAUGUAUGAGAAUGCACCAGUGACAUGACUCCUGGCAGGAGAUGAAGAUAGAGCUGAACUGGUGGCACUUUGAAAGAAAGAGCUUCAGGCUUCUGUACCUACAUUACAUUUCCCAUACUCAUCUACCACUCUAAGUGCCACCAUGCAAGCUGUUGAUAGGUGCUGCAGAAGUCAGUGGUAGGGACAACCUCCGUUUACUUGAGACUGCUCCUUUAAGUGUGUGACCCCAACAAUGUCUUAGGUAUUUUUAUUUUAAGAUGGACUAAUGAAGGGAGAGGUCACUGGGAAGCAAGACAAUUAUUGAUGGAUAGACAAUUAAUUAAUAAAUGAAGGACGAUAAGUAGUGGUAGAACAUCCAUAUAUGAUUCUUUCUUUUUAUAUUUUCUCCGUUAAGAAUGAAGUUGAGCUGGGAGAAUUACUUCUGUCUCUUAACUAUCUGCCAAGCGCUGGAAGAUUAAAUGUGGAUAUUAUACGUGCAAAACAACUUCUUCAAACAGACAUGAGCCAGGGAUCUGGUAAGUCCGUUACAGUCUGGCUGGUUUGUUAAGACAAUACCUGCUACGAUAGCUCAGUGGUAUACACAAGCAGAUGUACAGUACAUAUGAUUAUACUGACAGCAAUGUAUUUAACUUUAGCUGUUGGUGUUUAUUUAUAGAAUAUUUAUUAAUAUAGAUGCCUGGCUAACAGCAAACACAUUGUAAAGUAGACUCUUAUGUUUGUCUCAUCAUCUUUGUCUCUGUUAAUGUUCUGUUCCUCUGUACUCCAUACUUCCCAAUAUUUGAAAUGGACAAAUGAGGGACACUUUAAUUUUAGGAGUGUGAAUGAGGGUGUUUGCCAGGCGCAAGUCUCUUCUAAGAUAUUUUAGGUAACUUCCAAAAACAAUUUAUGCAAUUUAAAUGUAAUUUACAACAAGAACAAUGUAUCGUAUUUAUACAGAUUGAUUGCUACACAUUUAUUGUAGUUUAAAGACACAUUACUGGGAGUAUUAUUGUGUUAUAGCUCUGUUACACACACCAAUAAUAUGGAGCUCUUAGAACAGAGGAACAUUAGGAUAGAAAUGAGGUACAUGAGAGAUAUGUGCCCAAACUUGGGACUGUCCCUACUAAAUAGGAACACUUAGGAGGUAUGGAACUAUGCAGCAUCUCACAUCUAACACUUCCAAGCAAUUACCAUACAAUUUUCUAACUGCCUGGUCAUCGCGUGAUGUUAAAUAUGUUUAGCAAUAAGUUCUUUCACGAAAGCUUAGAGAAUAAAUGAAUUCUUGCCCUUUAUGUUAGUCUAUCUUUAUCUAUGUCUAUUUAUGGCUUUGUAUAGCACACACACUGGGCAUGAUUUGCUUCCAUGCAUUCAGAACCUGCAAGGACAGCCUGAUAGGAAGUAAUGACACCUUCAUCGAUCUUCUAACCCCAUCUCAACCAGCACUAAUUUCAGUCCGCAAUAUCCAUAAACCCACUCAUUUUCAAAUUUCCCCUGUAUUCUUUUCCCCAAACAUUAAAAUUUUUUGUAAAAGCUAAAUGUUCCCUUCCUGGUUAACUGCUUUCAUGUUAUCAUUAGUAUUUUUUUUGUCAUUUGCUGGAUUGAAAAAUACUAAUUUCAAAUCUGACUACUAGUCUUUAUGGAGAGAAAAAUCACAUUACUCCCUUUUUUCCAUCAUGUUUAUGGUCAUUAUUGCAGGGGUGUUUUGUUUUUUUAAACUUUUUUUAAAGUUUAGUUUAAAAUGUAAAACAUUUAGUUUUCUUUAUUCCCAUAGAUUUGCAUUAUCAUUGUUUGCCUUGCUUCGGAGGACAUAGGCACCGAGCUUUGUGUAAUUUAUACAUGAUUUUUUUCAUUUCAGAUCCUUUUGUGAAAAUCCAGUUAGUACACGGGUUGAAAUUAGUGAAAACCAAAAAGACAUCCUGUAUGAGAGGAACCAUAGAUCCUUUCUACAACGAGUCCUUCAGCUUUAAAGUCCCGCAGGAAGAGUUAGAAAACGUCAGUUUGGUUUUUACUGGUAAGAUUAUCAAGCGUUUUUUUUCCGGUAUAAAUGCUUUGUAUUGAUGAACAUAAAUGACAAAGUAUCAUCAUUUGCAAAACCCCAAAUGUCAUAGGUAUGGAAACAUGAAAAUAUAAACGAUACAAUUUAAGCAGAAUUUCUUCUUAGGCUGAAGAAAACAAACAAACAUAUAAACAUCCCCUUACUUGGCCGAUACUCCCAAAACCAAAGUCACCACUUGUCCAGCGCAGUCCCAGAAGGUGCUUCGCACCAAGUAAGGGAUAAGAUUGACACCCUUAUUGAAUAGGAACGGGUGACUGUCCUACUACCAAGCAUUGUAGGUACCAAUUAGUGAAUUAAAAUAUCAGCUAAAUGUGGGCCUUUUAAAAUCCUAUCAAGUUACUCUAUAUGUUUUUGCAAGUAUUCAUUCAGUUGUUUAAACAUCUGUACAAACUCUGAAAAAAAACACCUCUUCACCUCUCCUUUGCCAUAGACUAAAUCUCCUUUCUUCCAGUCUAAAUGCGUGACCUAGUGUCCUACGUAUAUUCCUGUUUUAUUUUAUUUAGAUUUUAUUUUUUUUGCAUAUAUUUGUAAUGCAUUGUGGAUAUCAUGUAUUCAAAGUGGGUAUUAGCUGAUUAAUGUAGUUGUGUCAACAUGUACUCUACUACAUGUCCCAUCAACAUCUGUUGGGCAGGGUUCUACUGAAAAUGCUGAGCUCUCAUUAAAAUAAUAGGAGUAUAAAGACUAGUUGAAACACUUCCUGGUUUGGUGAGAGCUUACUGCAGAAAAUACAAAUCCCGAAGUUUUGCAGCAAAUGAUGAAACUUCAAAAGUGAGUUUUUAUUUUAGAUUUUUAAUUUCGUUCUUGUAUUUGCAUAUUUAUAGUUAAAUAACCCAUUAGGAAUGGGGGUCAAGUACACUCUAAUAAACAUUUCGUAGAUGUUACUUACUUCUUAGUCACAGGCAGUGUGAAGAAAACCUUAUUCAGCAUAUUAAUGUGUUUGCAAAUAUGUCACCGUUAAAGUGCCGGUGAGCAGCAGUUUCAGAGUUGCCCUUUCAUGUUGGAAGUGUUUUUAAUACACAACCUGUAAUUAAGAGCUUAUUAAUAUUCAACACUAUGCGGAUGUAUGCGACUCAACAGCUCCAAUACAAAAUAAAGCUGUUGGUUCCAUUUAGCUAUUAGAUAAGUGUUUUAUAUCCAGCUGCCAUGUAUUUUUGUUUAAUAUAUGUGACUUGCGCAUGAUGCAUUUAAAACUACAAAUUUUGCAACUUUGUAGGAUCUGUACCCAGGUCUGCAGAUAGAGGAAGAUAUUUCAUUAUGCAAUUGUGUGUUUCCCAUCUGGUCACUGCAGAUGUGAUGCAUCCACCAAGAUCUUUUAAACGUCUGUCGGCUGCAGUGCAAAACCAGCUUUUAUCACGCUGCAGGGAAAUUAAUAUACCUGCCUGCUCCCAAUUAUGUCCCUUUACAUCACUGUAAAAGGACUGUAAAUGGCAACCCACCUUACCUCUCCCGCACUCCAAAACAACCUUUGGAGGCCACAUGUUAGAGAUGUAUUCUGCAGCCACUGUAUGGGAAGAAGGGAGUUUCUGAGCACAGUGUGCACAUUUCAGGAUUUUAUUGCAGGUUGCAGUGGUUGUUGCAAUGCACUGUGUUAUACAGAUCAUGUACUUAUUGUGCAUGAGGAUUAUCACUUUUGAAGCUACAGUCCCAGAAACGCCAUCGGAGUUACCCUUAAGCCAGAUAUUUGAUCAUGUUUAUUUACUUAUUUUUUCAUAUCUACUGCAUAUGACACAAAAAGUGUUUAUCUUGAACUGGUCGACUUUCUGUCUAAAUCUUUCAAAAACUGAACUUCUUUCUACCUUCUAACACAUCUACACCAUUGUUGAUCUCUCAGGUCAAUGGAACACCUAUUACCCCAUCAUGUAACUUCCAUAUUAAGCACACCAUUUAUCGAACUCACUGAACUACUAAGGCAUUUGGUCUUGUGCUUAUCAUUUCCCACUUUAAGCAUCGCAACUUACUAUGGCCUUUCCAAUUUCCGCAUUGCUCCACUACAAUCAGAAAUUAAUGCUUUCACCAAGCUUUUUUUCCUGACUUACUGCUACUCUUGCACAUCAUCUAUUUUACAGUCCUUCCCCUACCUAUUAAGGGUCAAAAUUAGGUCUCUGACACACUAACAAUUACAACCCUUACAUGCUCAAAUUAAAUAUUAGAUUAAGAGCCCUCAGAAGGCAUAACUGAUUCAGUUAUCUGAAGGAGCUGUUUGAGGUUCAGAUUAUUGUCCUUGUGACUACUCUAUCUUCCCUUCGUGACUACUCUAUUGUACAAUAUGUGCAGUAGACCCCAAGUGAUAAGUAAUCAUGAGCUCAUGGCCUGAGUGGAGAAUGAGCCCUACAUAAGGCAACAGAGGCACUUUGGCUAUUUUUUCUCAUCUCAAAAACAGUCACUACUUGGUGCCAGAUACCUCAGGCUCCUGUUCAGUAAGUGAUGUUUACCUUACAUUCUGUCAAAGGCUCAUGGCUUCAUUAAUUAGAAUAAAUGCCAAUAAAAGCAUAAAAAGCAGUGUUUUGCUUGAAAUGUGUGAUAUGUCCUACAUGAACAUUCAGACGUUCCUGCCCAGUCUUAUAUAUAAGGUAUUUCAGUUUAUAGUAUAUGGAUGUAGAGUAAGCAGAGGUGGAUGUGAAGAAAAUGAUGUCUUCUAUUAGUAAUAUAACACCUUAACUGUUUUCAAAAAUGUAGAUUUCAGCAAACCAAAGGAGUGACUUUUUGUUGUAUGUGAACACAUAUUUUUGCACCAAUCGCCAAGAUUUUGAACUUGGAAAUAAGAGCAGAAUUUGACCCAAAUCCAUGGGUCUAUUUGGCAGUGUGGCAUAUACGUUUAAAUUAGAAAUAGGUUUCUUUUACCAGUAAUUGAUAUCACUAGCUACCUACAAUCAACUUUACGUUGUGUCUGUUAAAGACCAAACACACCAAAUAAGCUUUUGUAUUGUGUGGUUCAUCUUUCUUUCCUGAUUUUUUCCUAGCCUUUUGAGACGUGUCCUGAUCAUUAUUUUCUUUCACCUGUUAAAUCCAGAUUUUGUUCCCCCAUCCUGAUUUUGUUUUCUUCAAAAGAUCAAAAAUAUAUUUGUUGAAAGCCGAAUGUUCUUUAAUGCUGUAGAAGCUCACAAUUGAAACCACUCACCAGCCAGAAGCCCAUAAAGGAUUCUCGGAAAUAGAAGAUUAUAGCUGUGAGUGAAGUACCCAGUGCCUCUCUCGUCAGCAUGGGGUGGCAGUAGUGAAAAUUCAGCUCAUUAUUUAUAAGGAUUUUAUUGUGUACAACCCAACAGCGAUUAAAGCGUUGUGUUCCAUUCCUUUUGCUUUAAUGCAGUGCUUUUUUCAGAGUUAGAAAUAUGUUCUGGCCCUUGCUGUUAGCUUUUAGAAACUCUGAUUAAAUAUUUAACAGCUACCUGGGACUUUGUUGUUGAAUCUGAUAUUUAAAGGGAUACUAUUUUCUAUUUAAACACCCUUUUCUUUAGUGGCAAUGCAUGGCAUGCUGAGAACUUUCACAUCUAAAUCUGUAUCUGAGUCAACAAUUUUUCUAGGAGAAAAGGUGCAAUUGUUAAAUUUUGGAAUUUUAGCUCUUGCAGCAGUUUUGUAUAUUUGUAUAAGACUAAUACUCCCCCUGACACUUUUUAGUAACCAUUUGUUAAGCAAUUUCAGUUAACUACGUCCUUCUGUUGCCUUUACCUCUUUACCCGAUUUCAGCAACUCUUUCAGUUUCAUGUCCUCCCUAAGAAAUAAGAAUAAUAUUAGGUCUUAUAAUCCUUUUCUCUUUGAGUUUGUGAAGUAGCUUUGUAUAAUCAUAUGAAACUAUUUAAGAAAAUCCCAAAUCCACUUCAAACCUCUGAUUUAUAGUAAUAAACAAAUUCCCAUAAAAUACAUACCUCCUAUGUAUGCCGGAUCUAGUGGGAGACAGUUUUUAAUUUUGAACCCAUACUCCCAGGUUGUCCUUCUUGUGGGAAACUUACUGGGGACAUCAGAACAACUCUUUUAAAACUGCAGUUCCAGUGCACCAUUGAACAGCCCCAUAGCUAUGCAAGAACCCUUGCGGCAGGCACCUGCUACUCAACUGUGGGCAGACUCCUGGUUGAACGGUUAACCUCUAGUAUGUGUCAACUAGCCAUGUGUACAACAUUAUGAAUGUUAGAUUUUUAUGACAUGUAGAAAUUAAAUGUUAUAUUUUUUGUUUGAUUGAUUUCUCUGUUAGACCACAUUGGUUUUAAUUUAACUGAUCAGCCUUUUAUUCAUUGAAGUCCGAAUUCCCUCGGUCGAAAUGGUGCAUAGCCAUUCCUUUUGCGUAUGGGGACUAUCAAAUCAAGGCAUUGUUCACAACUUUUAACAAUGUGUGGAUUUGGCAAAAUGAGCUCCCAGUGUUAUUGACAUGGGUCUGGAUAUCAGCCUGACUGAAUGUUUGAAAUGCUGAUCUGAAUUUUAAAAUACAGGCCUGGAUUGGUGAAACAAAAACCUCGGCAGUGUGAAGGUUAAGUAUAUGGCAGUCGGCCAGCGUUUGCUAGACAGCUGUCACAAAACAUUGAAAUAAAUACUCACUGGGGUCGAUAUAACCCAGGAUUUAAGCCUCAUCCUUUCCCCCUUGCCUAACAUAAUACAGGUGGAGCCAUAUUAAUUGAACAGUGAGCAUUUAACAUCUUAGAUAUAUAUAUAUUUUAUGCAACUUUUAAUUUGCAUCUUAUUUUAUAUAAAUGUGGUCCUAUUUCCACUGUGUAUACCUCUUGGCAUUUCAGCAGUACCCCAAUUUUUUAUGUGUGUACUUCCAUAUUACAAUAUAUUCCAUGUAUGUAAGGUUUUUUUAUGCCAUUUUCCUUUAAGAAAGCAAUACACUCAGGCACACAUUAUUCGAUUUCUUUUCACCACUGUCCACACUUAUUCUUUUAGCAUCAUUAAACUCGGACACAUACACAGCUCCCUGCAGGGAACCCUUGAGCCUUGUUCUACUUGUAUCCAUAACUGUUUAUUUAUCAUCGGCUCCCACCACAGUUUUUACUGGUAAAGUAGAAAGAGUCAUAAGUGGAUCAGAGUGAUGAAAAACACAGCUAGCGCUCAGGGUUAUUUUUAGCCUUUAGUUCAUGCACACAUUACAAGGUUAGCAGCCUGAUGACAGAACACACAAUUUAAAGGGACUUACUGGCUCUUGUUAAUGUAGCAACCCAGUAUUUCUCUGUCACAGUAAAAAAAAUCUGUUUUUCUUGGCUGAUACACUUAUCUUUUAUCCUUACUGAUAGCCUUGAGUGUUUAUUCCAAAAACAGCUCCUCUUUAACAGCUGCCAUUUUAUAAAUAUCUCCUACAGAUAGGGGAGGUAUCCUAAAAAUAUAAAACCUUGGACUAAAUGCCAUAAAACAUGCUGAAAAAGAUAAGCAUGUUACAAUCCAUGUUUUGUUUUAAUGAUUGAUUUCUUUCCUAUUCUGAACUUCCAUUUGUGUUUAACCCUUUCACUACCAAGGAACACACAAGGAACCAACAGAUGUUUGCAUUUUACAACUCUUGACCAAAAUAAUUAUCAUUUGUACAUGCAUAUUUUAAAUAGGCUUUUCAAUAAUCUGCCCCCCCUCCCCCCCACAAUUCUUUUGCGGAAUUCUGCUUCUUAAUCUCACCUACACUUUCUUACAUGCACAUUCUUAAAUACUUAUUGAUAUGUUUCCUAAGUAUGUGAAAUCUCUACUCAUUAAGCCCACCCUUUCUGUCUCUCCGUCAUAGCUUACCUCCAUUAAUGCAAUUUCAGAUCUCACGAGCAAAGUUUUCAUGGAGGUGUAAUUCAGUACCCUCCAAACAAAUGGCCCCUAUUAAUUCCUACACUCAAAGCGGUGGGAUGGAGGAUAAUAAUAUUGUUAAAUGAGGUAGGGGGCUUCCAAAGCUCCCACUACCGGGCUAGAAUAUGCCAGCCCCUCUGGUAUACGGCUUUCAUAGUCAACCAUACCAGGGGACCACAGGCCAAGUUAUCCUUUCCCAUGGGGGCCACAGACGCGCACACACACAAAGGGCUUGUGCUCAAUGCCUUCCUCACUCAUGACUCCAGUUGUUGCAUGUCUCCCACAUCUGUUUUUAGCUAGGCUAGGCAGAGAGAGAGAUAGACAAAGUUGAUCCAUUUUGUUCUAACUAGCUGGCCAGUCUCCUCAUGCACAACCCUAUAGCGGCUCUGGCCAACAGCAUUCUGGGACAUAGGCAUGCCUGGUCAGGUGGCUGCAGGCUGCGUUAUAAUACUUAUGGGUCUAGAAAUAACCCAUGGGCCGGCGCUUUGAGACCCCUGUUGCAGUGUAUUUUUUAAGACCAUAUAUAUGCAGGGUUUACUGUGAUAAGCUCAACGGGCAAACUACAUAUACCAUGGAUCUUUUAACUGGCUUCCAAGUGUAACAAAAUGUUUACCUUUAUUUUUAAUGUGUUUAGUACAUGGACCUGAUUGUUUCUAGCAAGCGAAGUGAAGAACUAAUACUCUUAAUUGAAACAUGAAUUUGAUCGCAUUUUCCAUUACAAAAUAAGGUUUUAAGUAGCACUUUUUUUGAUUUGAUUUUUUAUAUUUAUGGUAAAUUUACUGCAACAAUCAAAAGUAGUGGAUAUAAAAUGCAGACACACAGAGAGGACACACAUUUUGUAUUAUUUCCCAUAGGUUAUGUGUUAAUGGCUUCAGUCAUUUUUAAGAUAUAUUUUUUAACACAUUUAAACUUACAUUUUCUAUCUCCGAUAGAUGCUAUGUGUAAUUCCUUUCAUCCACUUGAUCUACUGAAUUAAUGCUAACUUCACAUCUUUUUAACUCUGUUAUCUGAUUGGUUCAUUAAAGUAUGUGAACGUGGUAUGCUAUUUUUUCUUCUUGUCCCCAAAUAAAUUUUUGUAUAUUUUUUUUUAUCUUACAUUCAUUUGUGUAUCUAUCUAGGGCUGAUCAGGGACAAGUGAUAUCACAUCUUGUGAUUCUACCAGUCUCCAUGUACCAAACCCAUCCACACAGAGGUCCAUCAGUAAUCUGUGGGAAAAAAGUCUCUUUUUUGCCCAUUGGCAAGACGUUUCCAACCCUCCCAUGCUCCGAUGGCAUAUUCACCACAUAUAUGUGGCCAGACGAGACAGCCCAUGCCUUGUCAGACAGAAUAAAAUCAUAUUUUUGACUCCAUUGCCAAGUAAGCACUCACUUUAUCAAAACGUCCUCAUUGGUGUGGCGCAUGAGGUUAACAUACAUAAAAGACAAAGUCGGGAUGGACGUUUGGUUUAGAAACAUGGAAGGCUUAUUUGCAUGGCGACUUUAUGUAGUAAAUAUAUAUUUUUUCAGCUUAUAGCUGGGUUUAAAAAUUAUAAUUUUACUAAUGGAUCCUCGUAGAUUACUUAAGUCAAUUUAUAAUUCAAUUUCAAACAUUCUCAAUAUAAUAUAUUUUAUAUAUAAUUCUCUAUAAUUCUCUUAUAAUGCAAAGGGACAAAAUGGCCUCCAAACAGAUACAGAUACUUUAUGUCAACCUCCACAGAUGUGAGUUCUGUUACACAAAGAUUUUUAAGUAUUGCACUGAGCCAUUAAGCCAUGCUUGAAUUAUAUGUUCCUGUGUGUAAUUGCCUUGCCAGAGACUAGAGAAUUGGAUUCUGGUGCUGGUAAAAAAAACAUUUAAAAUUUCAGGGUUUGAAAGACCCUUGUAAUGUCAAAAGGAAUUAGAUCAUUCGCAACGAGCCAGAGUUUAACACAAGGCAUAAUUGGCAUACAGAUUCCUUGUUUUAAUACUGGUAACAUUAUACAGUGUGACAUUUUCUUCAGUGUCAUCUAUUGUAUGAACAGUUAUAUGUAAUUACCAUUAGAAUUGCAGAUAAGAGGACAUAUAUGCCAAAAUUAUGAGGAGAUGUGGGAACAAUGAUUACAAAACCUGGUCAAAUAAAAAAAACGAGUAUAUUAAUCUCACAAAUGUAGCAUUUGAAUGUCAAGAGGAUGCAGAUUGAUCAUUAAACUACUACCGACCACUCCUGAAGGUUUGGAUUUCAAUUUAUGCAGCAAUCGCUUCUGAUAUUAAGUGGUACAUAGCUCAGCCUAUUUGUGAUUUGGGCAGAGCCAGAUUACCUAUUAGGUAUCUACCUAGCGCCCGGGCUCAGAGAGGGACCCAGUGCGCCCCUGUCUUAGCUGGAACUCUGGCUGUCAACGGGUCAUCCUCGAGCUGGCAGGGAGAUCAAAAAAUAUCUUAAGCAAACCAUAAAACAAAUAUUCUGAAUAUAAUAGAGUACAGUAGUAACCUCCCUUUUGGUGAAGCCGCCAGGAGCUGAAAAUGAUGAAGAUGAUGGUAACAGGGAAAUAGAGUUUCAAGUAGUUGUGUCUACCCUACGCCUCUCAUUGCAAGUGCCCCCAUGGUGAUAGAUAUGUAAUCUUGAAGAAAGGGUUACAAAAAUGCAAGCUCACUAAAGGAACAGCUUUGCUAUUCCAUCAUCACCCAUGUGAUUCACAAGUUAUGGAUAUCAGUUCGGGAUGCCUACUUUGUCCCAGAGCUGUCAUAGCAAGUUUUGUAAGCAUCUGACAUCUACAGUUCACAGCCACCCCGAAUCCAUCCCUACACAGUCUCUGUGAGGUGGAUGAUUAAACUGUUCAAAGACACCAAAUAUGGGGUGGUUAUUCAGGUUGACAGGAUUCUCAUUGUCAAAACUACUGUAAAAGCAUAGACUACAAAGACCCUUAAUUGAGAGAAUCACAGAAAGAGAAAUACAGUGAAAGUCACUAUUUUUGUAUAUCCUAGAGCAGAGGUAGGCAACCUUUUAGCAGCACUGUGCCGAUAUAGGAUUGUGAUGUCCCGUAGCGUGCCGGUCCUAUUUUUUUUUUUUUUUAAAUUGAAGUGUGUAUGCUGCCAAAUUCUGCAUGUGUUAUUUAUACUGUAAUUGCUUUGUAUCGUUGUAUUUGUGCGUAUAUGAGCUAUUAUAUUGUAUAUGUUCAUGAGUAGAUUGUGGUAUCGUGUAUGAUACAUAUAAAUGUGGGCUGUGUAUGGGGGCAGCUUGUGGAAUUGUGUGUGUGGAUGGAUGUCACACUGUGUGUUUAGUAGUGUGUGUAUGUGUGGGGGCUGUUUGGGGUAUUGCAUGUGAGAGGCUGUAUGUGGGGUUGUGUGCAUAUAUGUGGAUUGUUAGUGGUGUUGCGUUUGUGCGGAUUGUGUGUAUGUUUGUGCGGAUUGUGUGUAUGUUUGUGUGUGGACUGUCCAUAUUAUUUGUAUGAGGGGAGGGUCUUUCUGCAUUUCUGUGUAUAUCUAGCAGUGUGGGUGUCUCCCCUGGGUUCCAGUGGGGACCAUGUUGGCCAGGUACAGAUCAAGGACCAGAGCUGCAACAACAACUGCGAGCUGCUACUGUGUGGAUUCCCAUUCACAAGUGCUGGAAUGAAGUGCUCUGAGAUCACUUCCUCUACAUGCUGCAAUGCAUAAAUUGAGGAUUGUCCUUCACUGCCUCUUUGUAUUAGCAGAUAUCUGAGGUUUUACUGGGACUCCUGAUAGGCCGGAGCCUGUUUGGCUCUAGCAGCCUUGAGCGCCGUGGAAAGACACCUCGAGUGCUGUGCAUGGCACUAGUGCCGUAGGUUGCCUACCCCUGUCCUAGAGGGUUGCUUACCCCUAUCUUAGAGCCUUGGGAGAUGUCAGAGACUCUUGUGAGACACACAUGCUACUGUGUAAAAGAACGCAUUAGCAUGUGUGGCUUCAAACCUCCCCUAUUCAGAGAUGCAAGUUGCCUAGUUGGAGGAGGCUGUACAGCUUCUAUCAAAUGUUAAAUAACAUUUCAUCUCUACAAUUGGUAGCAUUUUGACCAGAUCAACUUAAACAAGAAAUUGUGUUCACUAUAAGAUGAUACUGAGUCAUGGCCCUCAUGCUGUUUUUGUAUUCAGCGCAACUAAAUAACAUGACUAUAGGAAUGUAAAAUAUUUAACAAAAUCUUUAAAGAAAUAUGUACUUUGAAUUCUGGUAUUUAUAAUAGGUAUCUAGUUAUAUAGUAACACUUUUCUAGAUACUAUCUUAUUAAAUAGUAUUCCUGGUGAGGGCAGCAAAGUUCUGUUUGUUUCCCUUACUUUACUUUUUGGGCUUAAAUGAAGUACAGUAUAUGGUAUCAUGCAAUUACUGUAUUGUGAGUUAAAGGGAAACUCCACAAUAGAUUUAACCAUUCAUUUCAUAUACGUUGCAAAAAUAAUGCAUUCAAAUUACAAAAAAAAAUGGUUUCUUUUUUAAAUACAAAAACAUUAAAUGAAAAUACAUUUUCAUUUGGAUUUAUUGCAUUUGCUGCAAAUGCUCAGGCUGCCCAGCUUCUACUACAGUGAUGGCUAUCCUUGACACCAUAAAUAGUUUCUGGGCUACAUUUCCCAUGAUGCUCAGCUAGCUUUAAGACUCUAAAAGCUAGCUGAGCAUCAUGGGAAAUAUAGUCCAGAAACAAUUUAUGGUGUCAAGGUUAGCCAUCACUGUUCUACUACAAGCUCUCAUCAAACCAGGCAGUGACUCAGCCAAGCUCAAUAAGCUUUUCAAACGAUUGCUGAGAUUGUCUCAAAAGCAGUGCUUGAUGGACGUAGCAAGGGUUUCUGUUUAGUUGUCAACUUUGAAUUGUAGAAAGUACACACAGUAUUUUUGGAGCAAAAUGGAAAACACUGCACAUUGGGAAGAAGGGCAGGAGUUGUUAUAUUUAAGAAUAUUUAUUAAAACCUGAACAGAGUGUAGCCAGGGUUGGAGUUGUUCUGUGAAAUUUUAGGUGACUUAAGUGAGUUCUAGACACUCUUAUUAUAGUUUAAACACAUAUCACUGUGAAUAUUAUUGCUGUGGAGCUCUGUUAUACUCUCAGACACACCAACAAUAUGGAGCUCCUAGAAAGAAGUGGCAUUAGAAUAGAAAGGGGGGACAAAGGGAUUUGGGCCUAAAUAGAGACACUAUGGUGGUAUGUUUUACCAUUUAGUUUAACCUUGAAAGGCAUGCAAGACUAAAUACGUUGUGGGACUCGAGCUACACUUACGUUUCCUUCAUUCCUACGUGUCUUUGCAGUUGCAUUUUACACGUCUGCCUAUUUAAUUAAUACACACUACACAGAAGGUAAUUCAUUUUAUUUUUCAGGCAUAUAUGGCGUUGUUCCUCAGGUUUAUGCUUAUGGCCAUUCACCUAUGUCACAUAUUAUGAACUGAAGAGAUCAGUAAACAUUGGCAUUCAGCUGGAUCUUACAUGUGAAGCCCAUGGAGAAAGCGAAGCUUAGGGAAUAGGGCCCUGACAGGGCUAGGAGGCAGCAUAGGGGUUGGAGCAAUAGUGUGGAUUGGUGGGUUAGGCUGAUAUAAAGGGUCGGCCAUUUUGUAUCCCUUAUUCUAAUUUCUUACCUUGCAGAGUUGGUCCCUCCCCUUUUUGUAGCCCUUUUCCCCGUUUGGUCACAGCGCCGGGUGGGGUAAGGAACAUUAAGGAAAAAAUGGGCCUUAGUUAAUAUAGGAGUAAGGGCAGUUAGUUAAUUGGUUAAAAGAGUACACUGUUCGUACAAGUUUUGGUAUGUUUCGAGUCCAUUGGUGGCUCAGAACCUCGGUGGUGUAAGAGUAUCUGAGUAAACCCCUACCAGGUGAAAUUGAUGAAUGUUGGCACUUUACAUGUUAUAUUUAUAUGGUUGUUAUAUAUUGUGAAUUAUGUUAUGUUGUGGGUCAUUGCCUUGAUUUAAAUAUGGGAGAGAUAAUAUAAUGUUGGGGGUGUGGCAGGUAAUGACAUUUAUAUAAUUGUAUAUUAUAAGUUAUUAUUUUUUUAUUAUCAUUAAAGCUGUUGACAUUUUUGACCCAUGCCCAUGAGUGUCGGUGUCUUAUUGGGUGGAGUGGGCUGGGUUCAGGUUCAUGGAUCCCUCCCCUGCAAAUAUGGCGACUAUGCACCUGUCAUGAGGUUAAGUCUGCAACAAAUGCAUGUAGCAUUAUAUUGUCUCUGAUAUAACAUUGGUGCUGUUAAUAUGAUCUCAACUAUCUGUGCUAUAGUGUGGUAAAAUGGUAAAAGUGCGCAGUACAAGGUAGUACUACUGAGCAGGCUGCAUGCGAAUACAGUAGUUCUUACCAACACUCCACAUGCAUGUGACGUACCUACAGAUUUAUUCUAACACCAUUUAUUAACAUAUGGUAAUGUAUCUAUGCUGUGAUGAGUAAUUUGCGCUUGGUUGGGAGCAAAAUAGAACACAUCCUGGCAUUUAUAAUAUUUUCCUACACGCCAUCUGAAAAAGUAUCCCUACAGAACCUUGGAUUUGAACUAUGGCAGCAUAACCUAUACAUGAACCUAUAUAGUGUUUGGAAUGUCCUGCCUUCCUUGUACUGCAACAAAUUACCUCUUUAUUCUUGAAGAUAGUUCUUAACGUCUUUGGUGUUAAGUGCUGGUGCCAUUUGCUCAUAAUUAUGGGCUAAUUUAAUUUGUCUUAAUUUCAGUGCAUCACAGUUUAUCUCAUCUUAAAUGUGUCUCUAAUUUGUCUUUAAAUGUAAUGAAUGUUAGUUUAAGAAAAUUAUCCCAAUUGACCCAGUUUGGUCUAAUUAGCUGCUUUAAAAAUAUAUAGCUAAUGUGUAUAUUUAUAAUUUCGAUGUUGUGCCAAUGAAACUUCAGUUAAAUGUUAUACUUUAGAUUAUUUAUGGCCACAGGAAACUCUUCACAUCUAUUUCUGGUAGGCAUGUGUGUCCCGAAGGCCACUUGGAACAAGAAAUGUAACCAUAUGUAUACAAUAUAGAAUUAAGUUUUAUCUUUGCACUUGAUAACUGCUUAAAUCAUAAAAUUAAUGGAUUGGAUUUAAAGGACAACAAAAUGUUAAAAUGCGUUGAUGGUUGGGGGUAAGUGUAAGUGGGAAACAAAUGUAUAAUGGUCUGAAGCCAGGAUGACCCAAUAAUACAGUUUGUUUUUAAUUUUCUUCUAGUUUAUGGACACAACAUGAAAAGCAGCAAUGACUUUAUUGGAAGAAUAGUGAUUGGUCAGUAUUCAUCAGGUUCCCCCGAAACCAACCAUUGGCGACGGAUGCUGAGUGCUCAUCGGACAGCGGUUGAGCAGUGGCACAGCCUGAGGUCUCGGGCUGAGUGUGACAGAGUGUCCCCUGCCUCAUUGGAAGCAACGUGAAAGCCAAAUGAGUGAUGUCACAACCGUUACGCAAAAUAACCACCGUGGCAUUCGGAACAACUUGAGCUGCUUGUAAUUAUUUAGCAGCAUAAGCCUAUGUGCCUCGGUAUAUAAUCAUGAAGAUGCAACUCAUCUGUUACAUGUUCAUCGUAUCAGUUAGUUUUGAUGAUGUUGGACAUGCUGAUUAAUAUUAUUACCAUCAUGGCCAGCCUUGCGCACCCAUUCACACAUUCAUUCAAUGUCUUAUAAUGUACGCCAGUGUUUCAGUGAAUGUAACUCAAUUUCACAUUGUGAAUUGACUUAAAGGAAAAUUACAGAUCAACACCAAGUGUGGUCUUAUACAAAAGAGUAUUUUUUAACAUUUACAAUAUGUUACUAAGAUGUACAUAGCUUGCUUGAAUGUUAAAUAUUUGCAAUAGAAUGUGCAGUUUUCAAAAGAAAUGGGGGGAUAAUUUCCUUUGUCUUCAACAGUCAGUUUAACAGACUUGGCGAUUGCAGAGAUCUUACUGGAGAUCAUGAUAUAGAAAUGUUUACGUACAAAAUGAUCACAAAUGAUGCAUUCUAAUUCAUAUUGGCAAAACCUGUAAAUUAAGCUUUGAGUUUAUUUUACAUACCAGCUAGAUGAUUGUUCAGCUCUAGAUACGCUUUUGAAUAUCCCUGCCUCCCACAAGUCCACUACACAUUCCACUUUGAAGAAUAUAUUGAUACCUGUGUGCUAAUUUGUCAGUGUGCUAAAACAAGUAUAAGAUCUAUAAAAAAAACAACAACAUUAAUUCUACAGUAUGCGACAUAUUUAUAAAAUGCAGUUUUGUCCUCGUACGAGUUAAGUACCUGUUAAUAUAUGUGUGUGCAAGUAUGUUUGUGCAAGUCUGUAUAUAUAAUUACCUAAAUUUAUAAAUAUAAAUAUAUACAUAUAUGUUUCUACAGUACAAAAUACAAAACCAUAUUUAUAGAUAUUGAUAG